AUGCACUCAUCAGGGAUAGGAGGUGGAGGAGUGAUGUUACUGUACAAUCAAACAUUAAAGAAAGCCACAGUCAUCGACUUCAGAGAAACUGCCCCAGCUACAGCCUACUGGAAUAUGUUCAAGGAUAGGGAGGAAAAAUCCAGGAAAGGUCUGUUCUUUUGCUUUUGCAUGAUUUUGUUGUGAAUCCAUAUAUACAAUUGCUCACCGAAGUGGAGGUGAAAAACUGUUUCAGUAUAUACCACACAGAUUAAAAAAAAAGGCUAAAAAUAUACCAAAAUAUGUUCGGAAGUUAAACUCUUGACCCGAGAUUUUUUUCUCUUGGGCUGCGUGGAGGUGAAUAGUACUUGCUAUUCACUUUCGGGCCAGCCAAUGAGCGCGCGCGUAAAACUUUGUUCACUUUUGGUAUAUACUACUUUUUAAUUAUUGCUUAUUCCGCUUUAAUAGAUUAAUUCACAUGUUCCCCAAUUCAGUUUAUUAUGAAUUUGGAUAUAACGUGCGCGGUCAUUGGUUGAAAGAGCGUGCUCUAUGAGAGUAUAGAGCAUAGAGCUGAUCUAAAGCUGUCACGCCAUCUUCCAAAUUGUACUAUGUCUGACCUUUUCCGGAACUUUUCCCUAGUCUUUUUUUCUAUACUUGAAAGUGAAAUUUCGGAAUAGGCAAGUCGGCAAAUAGCAUUAGAACAACCAAAAAAAAGGUAUGUAAACAUGCCAAGCGCCGUAAUCGACAUUAUUAUUAUGUUAGCAGAGACAAAAAUCCUCAAAAAGAAAACGAAAUGAACUGCAGUCCGAGUAUUGAGGGUUUUCACACUCAGUUAGAUUGCAAGCUUACGAACGGUAAUAAAAAUCAAACACAGCUAACACUCGUGUGGUUUAUAUGGUUUCGUAUGAUGGAAAAAUAUACCCAAAGUGGCAUAACUGUUAAAUUCAUACUAAUCAUGACGGUGUCAGAGCGAUCAUGCUGAGAUCCAACGCAGCUAGCUCAUCAUGGCGAUCUCCGGUCAUCGCAGUGAAGCAAGCCUCAGAAAUUACAUUAGCCGCCCUUCGAGUGAACAACUAAGAGCUUGCCAAGAUGUCCUUUCCGAUGCGUUGAGUGGAAGACCACACCAGUCACUGCAGCCGAUCGGCUCGCGAGUAUUGCGGCUCUGUCAUUCCCAGCAAUCUUCAUGUUCUGGUGUUUCUGCUGUCGUUCAUUCAUAAAACACUCGCCUUGAGCAGUUUGUUUUCUAAUUGUCAUGUGAAAAAAACUUGCGUGUUAUUAUGAGCCACAAUUUGGCUAGAUUUCACUGAACUUUUUACCACCACAUUAUGUAUUAGAGACCAAAAAACUUCAAGCAAAAGUGUCAGAUUCGAGCAGCCAAAUUAAAGUUCAGAGUAGUGCUCAAGAAGUGAGACUUUGUGCUCUGACCGCUUCCUGCGUGCUUUACAACAGAGCAGAGCACAGUCAAGGCUUCUCUAUUUGUUAAAUAUCUCAAUGUUGCUAAUUAAACAAAGCAAAGUUUUGGACUUCAUGACAAUACUUUAAAUCUUGCAAGAAAAUAGGCGUAUUAAACUAAGUGUUUAAAUACCUCGUCUGUUAUGUUUAUUAAUGUCUUACUAGGAAAAUACCCUCACUACACAGACAGCACCAACGAAUUGACGAACUAUAUUUUUAAGAAAACCCGCAAAAACGCCAGCCUAACAAGCUUCAAAUUCAGGUGGUCUGUCUAUCGCUGUUCCCGGCGAGGUGCGCGGUCAGUUCCAGGCUUGGCAACUAUAUGGUCGGUUACCAUGGAAACACCUUGUUCAACCCGCCAUCGAUUUGGCCAAAGAUGGGUUUAAAGUAUCAAAGGCAUUGGAUGAUGUACUAAAAACGACAGAAAACAUCACUGAAGAAAUUAGAAAUGACCCAGGCUUAAGGUGAGAAAUAUUCAUAACUGCUAUGUGACAAAGACAAUUUGUAAAUACGAAAACGGUGGAUAGUGUUAAAGGCGCACUCUGAUUGGCUACUCAAACUCUGAAUAUGCUUUAUUAUUCACCUCCAAGCAUGUUCCCGAAAAUGUUGUAAGCGUUGUAGGAAUAAGUAAUUUAAAAUCAUCUUUUUGUGCUAUAUUAUCUCACUGUUUUAGUACAUGGUAAAUAGCCCUAGAUAUGGAAUUUCUCUUCAAGCGUUCAACUUGAUAGCUCGCGAGUGAAAUGUCGAGUUGAACACGAGAAGACGAAUUCCAUAUCUACAAGCAACCAUGUAUUAUUUUGUUUAUCGUGUAAACACAAUAGCCCUUCACUGACAAGAAAAGUCAACUACUUAACGAAUGAAAAUAAAAGGAUCAACAAUCCCCGAAUAAAAAUUGUAAAGUGCGUGGGCGCUAAGGUUCAAGAUGAAAAAUAUGUUAAAUCAUUAGUAUUACAAAAACUACAACGGGCGUAAUUUCCAAUAUAAAAAAUUCUUAGUUAUUGACUUUUUCCUUACCGACAGAGGAAAUCUUUCAGGUACACGGCUAAAGCGGCCUGUGGCAAAUCUUUCAGUUGUCGCUUUUCGUUCUCAGCCGCGAGAAAUGCCAUUACCAAAGCCACUGAAUACGCCGGUAACUUUCCCGUAUUUUGAUUUUCUUCCCCUUCUAGAAAAUUUUGAACGUCACUGUCGGUAAGUGAUACGAAUUUUUUAGUUUUUUAUCGGUCAAAAUCCGAGAAAAUUCCGAAAAACAGCCACGGAUUGAGAAUUGUAAAGGCCUUGCUGUUCAUUCAUCAAACUGACCGAGUGGCGCGAAAGGCGAGUGAAAAAAUAUCGUAUUAUUUCACGUGAGUUGUUACGGCUUUUCUCAGUGCUGGAAAUCCUUGUAUAACAUUAUAGUUUAUGUGAUAAUGAACAAAUUUUCACCUCAGUGGCAGUGGCUGGUGGCGGAUAUUUACCACCACUAGCCACCUCCCCUUCGGUGAACAGUAGUUUGAUACCAGAGAAGUCUUCUAUGCGAAGAUUAUUCCCUCAGAGCGACCGAUCUUUGUUCACAUGCAGCUGGAUAAUGUGAUAAUUUACGUCAUUGAGUUUUAAAUUUUUUCAGUGAACUGCUCCUGGUUGAUAAUAAAACGCUUGUUAAGAAAGGAGACGUCAUUAAGAAUGAAAAGUACGCAACGACCCUGGAAAGAGUGCGUGACGAUCCAGAAUCUUUUUACAAUGGAACACUUGCCAGAGACAUUAUUCGUGAUUUGAAGAAAGUCAACGGGAAGGUGACUGACAAUGAUUUAAGAGAUUACUGGCCGAUCACGAGAGAGCCAUACCAGGGAGAACUCUCGGGCAUGAAAAUGUACCUGACCCCACCCCCAGCAGGUGGCGCCGUGCUAGGGCUCAUCUUGAACAUUUUGCAAGGUAGGAGUUCUCGUCACUGUGAUCAAUAUAGCACAUAUGGCACAUAUAGCUCCCCUUCCUUGUGCACACACUCCUCUUCACGCUCAAAAAACAAAAAGAGACUAGUCCUUCAUUAUCGCCUGAAAGGGGAGGGGGGGGGAUUGUGUGGAGGAUUUUUAUUGCGUCACGAUGAAAUUUACCUGAUCCCCCAGUAACAUUCUUAGGAUCACCACACCGGCGUCCCCCCUUUUAAGGUCUGGUGCGGCAUGUUUGUUGGGUAUUUCUUGUUGGAGCGUGUUAUGUUUGAAUUUGCUGACAAAGUCAUUUUAAUUAGACGAAACCGGUGGGAAUUAAAAAGAAAGAUGAGUCGCCAACAUUGUUUGUUGCGUACUACUCAGAGAAGUGUAAUUUUUUUUCUUUUUGUUUUUAAUGUAGGAUACAAUAUGACGUCGUCAGCCUUUAAAGACAAGAAAUCCUCUGUGCUUACGUAUCACCGAAUCAUUGAAGCCUUUAAGUUCAGUUAUGCAUGGCGCAGUCUGCUUGGAGAUCCAAAGUUCAAUUCAAACAUCCGGGUAGGUGGAAAUAAUUCAGUGUAAACAAAUUACGUCAGUUUUAUUACAUUUUCUGUAAGGAUAUACUAUCAGAAGGCUCUAAUAGACAAACUGUGCUUGCAUAAUUUUGGUAUAAUUUGAAAAACGAGCAUAAUUUUUGCUUUUUUGAGAAAGCAACUGCUAGCAUAAUCAGCAUCUUUUCUGUAUUUUUCGACGAGAGCAUUACUAGAUUCACAGCUGCAUUUUUUUGCACGAUUAAUUAUUUUCAAGUUCGGCCAAUGGUUCAGUCUAUUUCCAAUUUUGCAACGUCUGCGGGGAAGAAAACAAUCGCAGUACUUAGUAAUUCGUCGUAUAAAGGACUGGGCACGCCGGAAGUGAAAAAUGCGUCUGUCCUAGUUUCCGCUUCCACAGGCAACAAAAUCACGGGCGUCGAAGACGUUGCCAGCCCUUAGCGAUCACACAAGAUAGUUGUCUCUUUAUUGGAGUUCGAAUUGCGUACAAAGACACUCAAAAGAAACCAACUUCAAGUUGAAAAAUAUAUUUAAAUUUGCUUCAUUUUGUUGCGAUAGGGCGCAUUUUACCUUCAAGCAAGACUGAGUGAACGCUAUUUUAAAACAAGCCAUUCAAAGGGCGAAUGGAAAAACAAGAAUUCAAAGAAGCCAACGAUAACUGUUAACGCAUAUGGCCGACCCCAUGAGGAAAAACGAGGGUAACCAAACCUGAUUACAUUUUUUCCGGGGACAAUGAGGUUCUUCCUUGAUUAAGCUUUGCGUUAAGUUGGUCGAGGAAGUGGCGGCACCUUUAGAAGUAUUCUUAGAUCAUAGCGAGGCAAUCGGCAGCAAUUGCGGAUUGUCUAAUUCAAAAUUCGCAUGACAAAUUUGAGUCUGAUCAACAAAACAUUAGCUGAAUGUUAUGAAAAUUUGCUGAUAUUUCAGAAAAGAGCAUUACAGAUGCUGGAUCCAAAAACAGGCAAUCGCCUACGUAACAAAAUACGAGAUGACGAGACCCACAAAGAUGUAAGGUAUUACGCGGAUUUCUUUUCGAAUGCUGAUUACGGUACCACCCACGUGGCUGUUCUGGCCCCAGAUGGAGACGCAGUUUCCGUGACAUCUUCUAUCAACAAGAGGUGAGUUUAGAACUAAUCAAUAUCGGAUGAACGGCUUAAACCUGAGCCUGCUUAGCUGGUAGUUUUGUGUUUGCUUGGAAGUCAGGGUGAAGGAGGUACAAAAAUGAGCAGGGAAGCCACAAGGGGCCUAGGAUGAAAAUUAUGUGGGAGUUGAGGCCGGAUUCUUUCCUUUUACGCUAAAAGCUUAAUUCCGUUUUCAAAAUUAAACCUCAAUUAAAUUGCCGCAAAAUUUUUAUAACAGCAAUAAAUUUUGACACAAGAUACUAACUCCAUCUUUUUAUCGCAUCGAGGCAGCUUAUAAAUGUUCAUGAAGUACGGACGCAAAAAGAGAGGGGGAACUGAGUAGUAAGUCCUAUGACCACGCAUUAUUUGUGUGUUUAAUAAUAGGUUCGGUGCUAAAUAUCGAUCCACUACCACAGGGAUCAUUUACAACAAUGAGAUGGCAGAUUUUGAUAUUUAUGGUCAAGACAAAGUGAAUGACAUUUCUCCUUCACCAUUCAAUUUUCCUGGGCCAGGCAAGCGACCGUUCUCCUCCACGUGUCCCACCAUUUUAACUGAUAACGACGGAGUUGUGCGACUUGUAAUCGGUGCUUCUGGCGGGAAAAUGAUAACCACUGCUGUGUCACAAGUACGUCUAAUCAUUUCAUUCUAAGUUCUUCGGCUCUAAAGAUUUUAUAGCUAAGCUAAUAAGCAUUUUGUGGGCUGUAUAUACCCCAUCGGGGGCGUAACCAUGAUGUUACCCCCCCCCACCACCGGCUACGUCCUUGCUCGUGCUUUACUCUUUGCUCAGAGAGCUAACAAAAGCUUAGAAACACACUAAUUUUUCAGUGGGUCGAAGUGUGUACAAAAUCCGUCCCCCUUCUCCAAGGCGGACUCACACUGCCUCUGUGGUACAUAUUGAUACCAAGGAGGCUUGCAAUUAUUUUUGCACCUGCAGGUCUUAAUGAACAAACUCUGGUUUGGAGAUGACUUGUCUAAGGCGGUAAACAAACCCCGAUUGUACUCACAACUGGUGCCUGAUCAGAGGGUAUUUUAUGAAAACAAUAAGGACUAUCGCAUUGACAAGUACGUAAUAAAAGGCUUAGCACAAAGAGGUCACAACGUCACUGGCUGUGAUUUGUUUGCUGUGGUGCAGGCGAUUUCUAAGGAACCUAUGGGAAUAUAUGCCAAGUCUGACCCGAGAAAGCAUGGUGAACCCGCGGGUCAAUAGAAGUACGGUCCCGAGACACUUGCCCAAUCAAAACUCGCUUUUAAACGCUAUCCAAUGUAGUAACACCUUAUUUUCCAUAGAUGAGCAGAAAAAUGCUAUGAGGCUUAGAGUUAUUGAAUGAUGACGCUUCACAAGGAUAGAAGAUACAUUUUCCUUUCCUUUUCUACAGCAGUUCUCCGGCAUCUUUUGUCGAAAUUAUAGCGUUUAUUGUUAGAAUUUGAAAACGAUUUAUGAUCCUUGUUGAUAAGAUCCUUUGAUAUCGUUCUCUGAUUUAAGGUGCGUUAAAUGAAAUAGACAGAAGCGUUGAAUUCAUCCGUCAUUUUUCGCUGAUUUAAUUUCCUUAGAAUUUUCAUUUAAUUAUGUUCGACUCAGCUCAGCAUGGAAGAGUAGAAUUGCUUUGCUUAGAUACCACAUACACGCUAUAGAUUUAAUAUAAUAAAACGAGGUCACAACGUCACUGGCAGUGAUUUUUUCGCCGUGGUGCAGGCAAUUUUUAGGGAAUAGGAACGAAAUUUAUAUGUCAAGUCUGACCUGAGAAAGCAUGGUGCGCCCGCGGAAGAAAAGGAAUUUUGUCCCGAUACAUUCGUCUGUUUAUUCGGCAGAAUCUUAACUCGCUUUAAAACGCUAUAUUGCAUGAAAACGGCAUUUUUGCAAUUGUUUAUAGACCACAGUCAUUUUCAUUGAAAAAAGAGAUGCUUAUUGGCCCAAUUAACUGGAUAACUGAACAAUUUUUAAAUGGAUAAGUGUUAGCAAAACAAACUUCGCAUUGCUUCGAAUAUAAAUAGCCAUAUCGAGAUUAUUUCUAGACUCCACCAGUAUCUCUGCAAAACACAGCGAUUCAAGAAAACAUUUCUACUAACAAUACCACUGCUUGUAGCUAGUAGGUAAAACUUCAGCAAUUGCUAAAGGUAAAUAUCAUAUGCACUUAAUGUAUGGUCCUGAGGGAAACAGUUCGUUUGUUUUCCCUCGAGUCCUGAUGUUUCCCGAGAGGAAGUCCAGGGAAACAUCAGGACUCGAGGAAGAAGAAAACUAACUAGUUUCCUGAGGGACCAUACAUUAAGUGCUUUGUUAUAUAUUUAGACUUUCUCUUAAACAAUCACAUGGCAAAAACAAACAAACGCGCUGUUGUAUUCGGCACGCGGGCAAUAAAUGCGCAAUUGUAUCCCAGUCGGGAGACAUUUCAACUUGAUCAGGAGCACGUGACCAAGAAUCAAUCAAUCACAUUGCUCAUUUUAUUGAGUUAAACCCUAAGGAAUUACAAUAUUUCAUGUUCCUCUCUGUAAAGGCUGAUGAAAUUGCACCUCAUGUAGCUAACCACACAAUGCAAAACACAUCAUGGAGAGCAGUACCGAGAGUAGGUUUGAUUACAGAAUGGCUUAUCUUGAAAUCAAACAACAUAACACAGAAGCAGACAAACUCUUCAAGAUUAACACGUUCCAUGCAUUUUUGAGAAGUCUGCCCAGAAGAGAGAGUUAGUUGAUCCAAUACUAAAUUCCCUUAGCUAACAUUAUAAGAAUUGUAUGGUUGAAAGUAAGGAGAAUAACAGAUUUGAUCUGGGAGUUAAAGGGUUAAAUUAACAUAAAUUCUUCAAUCGCCAACAAAAAAAAAUUAGCCUUGCAAAUUGGAUCCCAUUUCCCAAGGCAGCUACAUACUAGAGUAAGCCGGAAACUGUGUUGGGUUACCCCCUAACCUGGAUGAUUAUGUCCUACAGUCUCGUUGAAAUUAUUUGAACAUAGUUUGGAAAACAUCGAGAAUGCUAGCUGCAUAGUAUACUACAUUUACUAACACAGUCUAUAAGGGCCUAAACCCAGAUGAAACACUUCUAGAGAGUUCAACGGACAGGAAGAAAAAUUUGUUACUUAUUUGCUAGCGACUGAUGAGAUUGUGUUUGGGAGGGUCACAUCAUCACAGUGGCGGGCAGUUUAAGAAAAGAUCGCGUCUCAUCCGCCUUCUCAUAUUCGACAGGACUCAGGAGGAACCGAGAAGGGAUCAUGAUCAGUUGUCACCAACAGAGUAUGGGGUGGAAACUAUAGGAAAUUGACUGCCAGUAAUGGGGAAGGAGGGGAGGGGGGUCAUAAGAACAUAACAGAGCGCUAGGUGGGGGAGGAUCAGCUAAAUAUUAUCUUGAUGCAACAAAUUCCUUCAGCCGCCCCAGGGUAAAAUAAUGGCUGCUCCCUUCUUUCUAAAAAUAAAGUUGCCUUUCUUCUAAACCUCCACCACCGUUUAUCCUUAUGCCUCAACUGGUUAACCUUUCCUCUCCUUGGAUCAGUACUUUAAUCCGGCCAAGUGGAGACCUGCCCUACGUGUAUCCGCACCCUCCCCCUCCUCCAGGUGAAACGGAGGGGGAGGGUGUGGCUACACGUAGGAUAAUGGAGCCCAUGCAUUUCUUUUUUUGCCCGUCUAUGAGAGUUAGGAGUGAUGUAGAGACAAUGUACCCGAUAUGAAAGUUCUCUUGUUCUCAUUGAUUUUCUGCCAUCCAGUGUGUUACAGUUUUGUCGAUAAUGCAAAAUUUUUUUCUCUCAUGGAGAGGGUUCAAUAACGGACCUGUCGACGUCAUUAUUUAUUGCCUGAGGCUUAUGAUAUUUUCUUCAAAAUUGUCAAUUGCAAUCUCCAUUAUCCUGGUCCCAUUUUAGUUUGUGUUUGUCUCUGUAGUUUUUACUUUGCCAACAACAAAUUAGUGAUUUAAUCGAAUCGUGAACUAAAAGGCUAUUUCAAACAACAGCUCUCCCACCCGCUCUCCCCUCCAGAUUCUCUAAGCAAACGUCAAUCAAAAAUCACUGAAGAAUUGGCUUGCCGGUGUUACAAAGAAAUGUAUGGAAGCAAAAAUAGAAUCUCGUACAAUGGUUAUUUAAGUAGAUCCAAUUCUAAGUGCCGACCUCUCAUUGAUAAAUAAUAUGCAAUUGAAUUCCGAGGCAAAGGUUUUAUUGAUAAUGUGGUUUACUAUUGUGGCCGCCAAGAAGAUCGUUAAAGAACAAGGGUUACUGUCUGUACUUCGACUCUCAUUUCAUCAAAUUACAUUAAUUUACCUUCACUUUAGAGAUAUAACACUACCGGUGUCUUUCAUGCCUCCAUUGGUGCCGACCGCUUAAAAAUUUCUUCAGUUUACGAUCUUUUAAAACACGUAACGUAGAGCCUUUUCUGAUAAAAUAGAAGGCCAUAAAAUAAAAACCAAAAAAGGGUAUUUUUACGGAUCGAUUUAGCUUCAUUUGGGCUCGCAGAUUCCCCGUACGACGCUAAAAAAUGGAUACUUUCCACCGCUCUUCUUGUCGAGAAAGUCUCCCAUGUUUACUACGUCUAUUACAGCUUAGUAACCAAGCUUUUACCGCUGCUUUAAAAAACAUGCUGGCUCAGUAAAGCGUCAAUUUUGCGCCAAAUUUCAAAUAACAAACCUUGUACCAAUGUAAGUUCCAGUCUUAUGUUUUGUUUGAUUUCGAGAAGAAAGCCCUAGAGUUUCAGCUUAACCUCACAAAAUCUCCUCUGUCUUACAUAAAACAGCAACAAGUAUAUGAUUAUGAUAUAGCUCAGGUUAUAUACACUCUUACCCCAUUCUUAUGGAAUGGCAUAAGCUUAGCUCUGACAAGAAAGGCCUAAAGAAGUUCUUGCCAGCAAAACUUGAAGAGAUAGAUGUCCUCUUCCCAGAAACUAAAGAAACUGUAAUAAAACUCUGGAAAGAUUUUUAUGCAUUUUACAAUUUAAUCAAUUCUGAUUCUACUACUAAUGACUUCUACCUUGAUAUUUUUCAGAAUUCUUAAGACUUUGUACACUUGUUCUGUUCAAUCAGUGGUUUCAGAAUAGGCUAUGCAAAGAAAAGAGUUACUCACUACAUGCAUGCACUAGUAUAUCAUGUUCCAAUGUUUAUCAAAAUUUUAAAUAACUUCAGACAGUUCACUGGACAAGGCACUGAAAAAAACAAUGAUGAUGCUAAGAAGAUAUAUCUUCAAAAUUCAGAUAAGUGGGAUGCUGUUUGGGAUGUUCCUCUUCUGGAACACAGGCAAGAGGCCCUAAAGCACCGCAAUAGAUAGAAAAGGACAUACAACAUAAGAAAUGCAGUUUACUGGGAAGAUGGCAUCAAUGAAACAUGGAAAAAGUAAAUAAGAGCAUGCUUGAGAGAACUCCUAGCAAACCAUAAAGAAGCUGAAGUACCAGAAAGCAAUUUAAUUGAGGAGGAAUACGACAGAAUGACUGUCAAUUGGAUAAGACAGGAAAUAAAAACUAAACAUUUUACAGCACCUGGGAUUGCAAGGAUGAAAAAGUGUGUAAUAUGUAAAUUAUUUUCAUCUGUAUUUUAAUAUGUAAAUAACUUUCAUCUGUAGUUUAAUAUGUAAAUAAUUUCAUCUGUAGUUUAAUAUGUAAAUAAUUUUCAUCUGUAUUUUAAUAUGUAAAUAACUUUCAUCUGUAGUUUAAUAUGUAAAUAAUUUUCAUCUGUAUUUCAAUUCCUUGAAAAGAAUACUUAAACUUCUACCUGUUUGCUUGUACAUGUAUACAUACAUAUAUAUAUAUAUAUAUAUAUAUAUAUAUAUAUAUAUUUUCAAAAAUAAUUAUUACCGUCAGAAAAUGGAUUGUAUUCAUACAUGACAGAUUAUUAUGUUCGCCUACCCUAAAGAAAAUUAAAUUUUUGUGGAAUUUCAUGCUAUUCUGUUGAAAUAUAACACAACUUUCUCAACUGGAAAAUUUGGCACUAAUUUGAUUUGACCACUACAUGAGAUGAAUCGCUUUUUUGAAUAAGUAGGAGAAGUUUUAAGCUUAAAAGGAAAGUCAACUGCUAUUCCUUCUCCAAGUUCAUUUAUAAUGAAUAAUACCACAUACAUGAAGGAAGCUCUAGGCGAGAAAAAUCGUCUUUUUUAUAGAGCAUGCUAGCUCCAUUGUGUGCUUUUUUUACUUUUUCCUCUAAUAACAUAUCUAACAAUAUCAUGAUCCACUCUCAACUCAGAGGGAUAAUUAACUUUGAUUGCAUUCGACUUCAGGAUAGAUAGGAUGCCUUCCAUAAACAAAGCUGACACACUCUGUAACCUUUCCACGGAGACAGGAGGGUUGCUGUAUAAGGUCCUAUAGGAUUGUUAAUUAAAAGAACGCAUCAGCUUUGUGUGGACCCAAGCUGCAUGCAUGGAGGAUUAUUUCUCGCACUUUCCGAAAACAAACUUAAUCUAGUACCUGAUAAGCUGCUCACUCAAAUGAGCUGAAGGUUCUCAUGUGCUGGUACAAAGAGUCCAAUUCUUCCAUUUCACGAGAAACUCAAAGUCCUGAAAUUGGUAAAAAAUAUACUCAGUUUAUUUAUAAAAUUGACUUCAACUAUGAUAUUUUUCUCAACUAUAACAUUUUUGUAUCUACUGUUCGAACAUUUCAUACCUCGUUCUUCGAUCUUCUCCGGAUAAUCAGUCUCUCGACCAAAUAAACUUUAUAUCUUCUAUUAUAUUUUCUUCUUGUUUUAAAAUGUACUUCGAAAUCUACGGUGGAAAGAGUAUUUCACGCCUUGUAAUCGACUGGAACUCCGAGCCGUAUUGAAAUGAAACAUGAAAUCUGACCUUAAAGUGCAUGCGUUCUAGUACUUGACGAAACCACUGACCGAAUUCCCCGCGGGAGUAAGAUUUCCCUGUUUUCAAUCACUGUAAAAAUCGAACUCGAGUUUUAUACUUCCUUGCAACGCCUAAGACGCGUUUUCGUCGCAAAAUGAUAAGCGAUAGACGGUAAGUAUAAUGUUUACCUCAGUAUUCUGUAUAUGCAAUGUUCAAUGUGCAGUCUCUGUUGUAAUGAACUUACAUACAAAGACCUAAGUUUGGAAACUUAUAGAUUCACAUUGAUUCACUUUCUGCGAAACGUCCAAAUCUAUUUACCUCAAAUAUGCAGCCUGCGAUGACACGGAAUACCACAAAAGAUAAAUGUGUAAUAUCGUACAACUUGAAUGUGUCUCGAAAUUUAAGUAUCUGCUUCAUGAGUAGUCGAUGCAAUCGAUCGGUUUUCUGCUAAAUCGCGUUACACCACGUGGUUUUCCCAGAAAACUUCAAUCCCUUCGACAUAUUUAUCAUGUUCCUUCAUAUCGCUUUGACAAUUUCGAUUGUAACUGCGGUUAUCAGAGAUUAUUCGAAGUUAAAUGGGUUUAAACUGUUUACCGCGAUAACUCGCAAAUAAAAUCAACCAAAACGUUAUUAUAAAAAGCAAUUAAAAUUAGCCUUUAUAUCACUUGUUAGGUAAAUCUUUUAACUAACAUGUAGCUGAGUGGUAUUUUUUCUCUUCACUAUUUCAAAACGUAUUGAGACGUUUGUUUCCAGGUCAUAUAACAGAAAUCCCGAGAUUUUCAAGAAAUGUUUUCAAAUCUUAGCCAUGAUGUGCAUUAAUCUGUGCGUACCUUGACCCACGGAAGAAAAAUCAGAUGCAUAUUCAUAUUUUAAUUUCAAAACAAAGCAACUCUCGUGGAAACUGUCGUUCCGUUUGCGUGACAAAAAUCACAAAUGUGACGCAUUCAUUAGGGACUUUCUUCCGACUAGAAGUCUGUGAUAAACAACUAUCUUGUGCUGAACGCCAAUCGUUCUUCAGAUUUUCUCAGAACAGAGUGAUUCUUAAUUUUAUAAAAAACAAAACAAAGCAAAAGCACAAUUACCUAGGUUAGUAUUCUUCAAUAAAAGAAUACCAAAGUGUAUAAUUUAGAUUAAUUUCAAAACUAACAUUAUAAGACUCAAAACUACACGGGAUAGACUUUGAAUCAUGCCGAUAUUCUAUUCAGCAUUCUAGAUAUACACGCACUAUUUGAUUUUUACAGUUCACUAUGUUCUCGGAGGAGUAAAUCGGAGGAGGAGUAAAGUUAUGGAAUCCCCAAUGAAAGGGUUCCCAAAUCUCCCUAAAAAUAGUGGGUUAAUUUGGGGAAAGGAAUUGUGUGUAUAGCAAGUGUACUGAGUAAGUGUAAAAUGAUGAAAAACAAAAAUGUUAGUUGUUGAGUAGAGCAGUACCAUUAAGCAGUCCAAAAAUAAAAUGAUUAGGUGAUGAAACGGCGCUAACGUUGAGGGACCAUCAGACUGCAAGGAAGCUAUGUCAACCACAAGGCAGCGUCAAAAUACUAAUCAUUAGUUGUUAAACUGUGUACAAUAGCCUUGAGGGACCAAACGACUGCAAGGUAGCCACGUUAACCACAAGGCAGUACCAAAAUUAAUGAAUGGACUUAUUCUUUUUUCGAUGGUUCGUCCUAAAAGUUUAAACCAUGUGACAAAAUCCACAUUUGCUUGGUCUCCAUUAAUGUUCGAAAACAACACAUAAGGAAUAAUUGUGCUGGAAUAACCGUAUUUCAAACUCAGAAAAGCGCUAAACUAAUGAGCGAAAUGGAUCCAAUCGAGGUCGAAGACCACAUAGAAUUAAUGGAAAUAACUCCAAGCUCAGGAAAGCUAACUGACCUACUUUUUUUAAAAAUGCUUCAGAGUCUGAAGGUAACUGCAGAUAUAUUUUCAAGCACCUUUACUCAAAUAUCGGAAUAUAAUGGUUAAACCAAUCAGUCACAACCAUUCUUCCAUCACUAAGAACUGAUGUGGAUAUUGGCUCGGUCUAUACUGCAAAUCAAGUCAGUGACUGUGAAACUCGGACACGGAAUAUACACUUUCCCUGAAGAAUCCAUACAUUUUAUCGAAAACUUUAAUGUCAUUUUUUAUCGGAGUAAAUAAGUCGAGAAAGUUGGUCGAUGCCAGUCAGAAAGCUAAUUAAACAGAGCUCGUGUCCUUUACCUGACCUGUUGUAAUACAUAUUAAUAUCGCCACUCAAUCGAGGUAAAUUAAGAACAAGAGAGAUUGUACAUAUCCCCGGGGGGUAGGGGUACGCGCUUGUAUGGUUAAAGUUUCAGGAGUAUCCGUAAGAAUCAAGCCCGAGUUUUAUACUUCCUUGCAACGCCUAAGACGCGUUUUCGUUGCAAAAUGGAAGCUACGAUAAGCGAUAGACGGUAAGUGUAAUGUUUAUCACAGUAUUCUGUAAAGCAAUGUUCAAUGUGCAGUUUCUGAAGCAAUGAACUUACAUACAAAGACCCAAGUUUGAAAAAUUCUGAAAAGCAUGACACCGCAAUUGGUUCACAUUCUGCGAAAUGUUCGAGUCCGUGAUGACAAGGAAUACCACUUAAGAUAAAUGUCAUAUCCUACAACCUGAAUGUGUCACGAAAUUUAAGUAUCUGCUACAUGAGUAGUCCAUAAAGUUUUCCACUCGAUCGGUUUUCUGCUAAAUCGCGUGAUCUACCACGUGGUUUUCCCAGAAAACUUUAAUCCCUGUGACAUAUUGAUUAUGUUCCUUUAUAUCGCUUUGAUAAUUUCGAUUGUAUCUGCUGUUAGCGGACAUCAUUCGAACUUCAUUGGGUCUAAACUGUUUGCCGCGACAAUUCGCAAAUAAAAUCGACCAGAACGUUAAUUUAAACAGCAACUUAAAUUUGCAUUUAUAUCACUUGAUAAAAAUAUCUUUUAUCUAACAUGUAGCUGAAUAGCAUUUUCUCUCUUCACUAUUUCAAACUGUAUGGUGACGUUUGUUUCCUACACAUAUAUCGGAAAAUAUUACUGUCAGAAGUCCUGAGCUUUUCAAGAAAUGUUCUCAAACCUAAGCCAUGAUGUGCAGUAAUCUACGCGUACCUUGACCCAAGGAAAGAAAUUAGAUGCAUAUUCAAAUUUUAAUUUCACAACAAAACAACUGAACACGUGGAAACCCUCGUUUCGGUUGCGUGACAAAAAUCACAAAUGACACAUUUAUAAAGGGACUUUCUUCCAAUCGAAAAAACACUCGGCUUGUGUAUUUAUCAUUAUAAGGAAGUCUAUGAUAAACGAAUGUCUUGUAGUAAGCGCCACUCGUGCGCCACAAGUGGUCGCUAAUGAGGACGUAUUUUUAUAAUAUACGCUAUAUCGUUCCAACUCUUUUCUUUUGAGGCAAACGUUCACAUUUAGUUUUUAUGCGACUUAAAAAUCAAGUCAAUACUUUAAUCCGACUCUUCUCUUUUUAGCAAAGUCAUAAUAGUCGUGGUUGUGGGCGUGACUUCACUUUUGACGACUGGUAGCAGCCUCCUUGCUAUUUACUUAAAAGGAGAUUUCCCCGACCAAUCAUCUGGGAAAUCAUCUGACAAAUCAUUUGGCGGACCCUACAAAAAUAGAGCGGUUGCCACGGAUACACUGCAGUGCUCCAAAAUCGGAAACGACACCCUAAAAGCUAACGGUUCGGCAGUGGAUUCUGCAAUCGCCAUCAUGUUCUGUUUGGGUGUGGUCAGCAUGCACUCAUCAGGGAUAGGAGGCGGGGGAGUGAUGUUGAUAUAUAAUCAAACAUCAAAGAAUGCCACAGUCAUCGACUUUAGAGAAACUGCCCCAGCCACAGCCGACAAGGACAUGUUUAAGGGCGAUAAAAAUAAAUCCAAAAAAGGUCAGUCAAUUAUGUCCGUAGUUUAAAACACUUUUUUAGUUCGUCGUUAACCUGUUAUUGCUUUAUUAAAACCAAGAUCAUGUUGAUUCUUUGAUUGAUUUUACAAAGUUCAUCGAUAUUUUUAGUUGUUUGGGGUAUGUAAUAUCAAUAAAUGGUGAUAUAUCAGUUUGCAUGUCUUAAUUUUGAAUCCUCCAGUACAAAUGAAAUUUGCUACCUUUACAGUUCAUUCAUCUCACAAACACAAAUUUUCGUUGCUUGGUAUCCACCUCUCAUAUCUGUCUCGUAAACUGGCCAAUCAAGUCUUAUUGAAGAGCACUGUGAAGAACCUUCGCAAGAUUUCCUUGUGAAAUUCAUCGGACCACGGCAAUAAAAGUGUCUCCAUAGAGAUUGUCUUGAGCCACAUAUUUACAAGGAAGGUCUACCGUAGAUAUGCAAAAAGUCUUCUAGACCUUUGUACCUUUCCAAAAUAGACCUUAGUUUAAGUAUAAUCACGAUUAUUCAAGUUAUCUCUAGAAAUUAAAAAAAAAAAAGAUAAAAUCACCCACCAAAUCGUUUUGUCAUUUAAGGUGGUCUGGCUAUCGCUGUUCCCGGUGAAGUGCGCGGUAUGUACGAGGCUUGGAAACGACAUCACCGGUUACCGUGGAAACAACUUGUUCAACCCGCCAUUGAUUUGGCCAGAAAUGGAUUUAACGUAACUGAAGCUGUGGAAGAUGCACUGAAUACGACAGAAGGAAUCCAAAAAGAUAUUGAAAACGACCCGGGAUUGCGGUGAGACUAAUUCAAAAUCUGACUGUAAUGUAAAUCACACGCUCGAUCGUUUAUGUGGUAGUGCAGAUUUAAUUACAGAUAACAAGUACAACUGUUAGGCGCAUUGCAACGACCGUGCUUACAGGAGAGUCAUCACUCAUCACCCGAAGAGGAAGGAGAGUGAAAAGGAUCCCUUUUUUGGGGGGGGGGGAUCACAUGGUUUUCAGGGUGAACAGACGGAGGAUCAGCCGUCACAAACAGAGUACUGUAUAAAUGGAGGAUUACACUCGACUGCUAACUAAUUGCCAACGAUGGGAACGGAUCAAAUCCCUCCUCCCCAAUGACCGAUUCCCGACUCCCUUUGGAAUUAAGCUUCGGAGCAAGGACUUAAAAGGCCCGGGGUUUUAUUUCUCGAAGGGAAGCCAGUUUUUAUUCUUUCUGACAUCUUCAAUUCUUUCACUUUUAAUAUUUCAGUGAGCUGCUCCUUAUUGAUAACAAUACGCUGGUUAAAAAAGGAAAUUCUAUAAGGAACGAAAAGUACGCAAAGACUCUGGAAAGAGUGCGUGACGAUCCUGACUCCUUUUACAGUGGGGCACUUGCCAGAGACAUAUUGCGUGACAUUAAGAAAGUAAAUGGGAGCGUGACUGAAGAAGAUUUAAGGAGUUAUAAGCAGAUUGUAAGAGAGCCAUACCAGAGUAACAUUCAGAAUAUGACAAUGUACCUGACACCACCACCCACAAGUGGCGCUGUGCUGGCACUGAUCUUAAACAUUUUAAGAGGUAGGAGUUGUUGACAAAACGACUAUUCAACUUCCUUAAAAAGAAUACUCUCCUAGAGCACAUGGAAAGUGUCUGCUAAGUGCUUUAAGCAAUCUUCAAAUCAUUGACCACGUUUAUGCCUUUUAUCGCGACCUUAGCUUUACUGGAGCUGAAUGAGAAUAAAAUAAAUACAUGUACAUUAAAAAGCAGUUUUGGUCGACCCAUCAUCUUACAAAAACUUGUUUUAACAUUUUAACUCCCAAAAUCUCAUUAGUAUAUUAUCCUUACUGUCUGCCAUAUAGUUCUUGUAAUGUUAGUUUGGAGAAUUUAGUAUUGGAUCAACUAGAAAUCCUCUAAUUCACAUUUUUCUUUAUUCUCAUCGCUUGUCUGCUUGAUGUUGUAUUGAUAUUGUAAGGAGAAACUCUGUCUUGGUCACUCAUGAGAGUUAAAGGGUUAGUCAGUGUCAAUCUAAGGUGAGUGAUAUUCGUGAAACCAGCCUCCUUUUGUGGAAUGUUUCCAUUGUAGGUUACAACAUGACAUCAUCAGCUCGCGAUGACAAAAACUACACAGUGGAAACGUAUCAUCGAAUCAUUGAAUCUUUUAAGUUCAGUUAUGCGUGGCGCAGUCUGCUUGGAGAUCCCGAUUUUAACUCCACGAUAGAAAAAGUAGGUAACAUGUAACAGGUGAUACAAAAUUGACAUUUCCAUUAAUUUUUUGUCUAACUGGUUGUUUGGUUCACGCUCGUCAAACUACAACCAAAAUGUUCAUAAGUAACAAACCUUUUACAGUUAAUGAUGGAAUGGUACAAAAACACCUUGCUGAAGAACCAACAUGCCCUUUGGACGUCCAAAGCAGAGCUACUUUCAUUCUAGUUCCCUUGUUUUGUUAAUAACAAUCAGCCAAUGACCAUGAUUUUGGUUCUGUGACGAUAAAAUUUACCUGAUCCCCCAUAAUGCACUGUAAUAUUCUUAUGAUCACCCCUUAAUGCUGUUAAUUAGCAGUCAAUAUAAUCCCCCCUUUAUACACUGCUAGCUUCGACUGACCCCCCCUCCGUCCGCCCGAAACACCAUGCGAUCCCCCUAAAAAUCCACCACCCCCCCUAUCCCCCGGCGAUGAAUAAUUACUAGUCUCUAGGGUUAACCCUGUAACUCCUAAGAUCUCAUUAGAAAUUCUCCUUAAUGGCUGCCAUACAGUUCUUGGGAUUUUAUUUUGGAGAAUUUGGUAUUGAAUCAACUUAUAAUCUCCUAAUUGAUAUUCUUCUCUUUUCUCAUCACCUGCCUGCUUGAUAUUGUAUUGAUAUUGUAAGGAGAAAUUCUGUCUUGGUCACUCAUGGGAGUUGAAGGGUUAAUACGCUUCAGGAAAACGUCGGUGACUAAAUUAAAUUCGAUUCACUAAGAGUCUUCUUCUUGAUUCUACUCUGCAUAUCAUUAGCAAGCGCAAGUUUUUUCGAUGCGAUUUUCGAUCCAACCUAAGACUGAAUUAUCGCAAACGGAACAAGUCCAAAUCAUUUUGACCCUAAAUCAAAAACUGCAUUUAACUGUUUGACCCUAAGAAUGACCCUUGAAUCAAACAUUAAGGUCUUAAGAAUAAUGGAAAUGAUCACCAACUAAAGAAGAUUUUUAUUCAUAAACAAAUUCUCCCUGUCAGCACUUUAGGAACUGUGUAGAGAACAGUAUGGAGAAUAUGCAUACUGAUGUUAGGAUGUAGAGGGUUCAAGGAUCAGGUAAUACGUUGCAGUUUUACUUUUAUCUUCAAAGAAAGCAGAAGAAAUGGUAAAACAAAAACUUGGUGAUUCCCUUCGUCAAAAAAUAUGGGAUAACAAGACUUACACAAAUGUAUCGUAUUACGCGGAUUCCUUUUCGAACGCUGAUUACGGUACGACACACGUGGCUGUACUGGACCAAUAUGGAGACGCAGUUUCUGUGACAUCCACUAUCAACAUGAGGUUAGUUGACCUGAAAAGUCCAGUUGGAAUUACGGGUUGCACCAGUGAACCUUGAGUUCACCAUAACUGAGGGCCCGGGACGGGUAGCUUCUCAUGGUUCUUACUUCGACGACAAGAACCACAGGAAACAGCCGCACUCGUAGGUUUUGAAAAUAGUUAGAAUGUGACUAUUGCUUUCGACGCAAUACAACUUUGACACUUGAGUUUUUCGUUACCAUAGUAUAGAGGUAAGGAAAAUUAAGUAGAGCCUGCUGCAGUUGUUAUAAGACGAUGACAACUUGUAUGGUAGCUUUUGAGGAAGAAAACAAAAUUUGAAUUCUUGAAGAAAGAGAGGUAGCUCUGUUAUACCAAACCUGAACCUUGUUUGAAACUCUUCAAGAGAAAUAAAUAAAAAUAUCUGGAAUCCUUCCUCAGUGCUUGUGUGGAUGCUUUCUCCACUUUGUAACGAUUUCAUAAACAGCCCAGAAUUCUCCUUCGUCAUUCUCUUCAUCUCCAAGUAGGUAAACGGGUGCUUCUAGGAUAGCUUUUUUUGCUUAACAAAGCAAAAACAUUCGUACUCGGACUGGUGACUUUGUUUACGAUCCAAGUUGCAAUUUCCGCCUGCACGAUUACGAGAACGGGACACAAGUGCCAUUUCUCGCACGGUCAAAACGCGUUCUCGCAUUCGUCAUCGUUCCCUUACUUAGAGCUCUCUAAAAAUCAUGUCAUGUCCCAACUCGAAAGAUAAGGUGGCUAACACGAGGAUAACCUCAGAGAUCCAUUUCCCAGUUACUUACCUGAAUUUAUUAUCCAACUGUAUAAGUAGUGUGCAGAUAACAUUCGAAUCGAGUACAAAUGUCACCGCUGUUUGGACAGCUGGUUAUUUUGUACAGUAAAACAACUCGUCGUUUUUAUUUUUGCUUGCUUUAGCGAGCUCCAAAAAAUACCGCUCAGUUUCAUAAAAUACUCAGUGAUACCACACACCAAAAUGUCUGAUAUUAGAUACACAUUUUUUUCCAGUUGGAGCUUGAGACUUACAAAAGCGGUUUUGCAAAAUUUUCACUUCAUUGUCCUGUGCUUCUCUAACAGUAAUGAAGUUGCUUUGUUUUGUUUUUUUUCAUCAGGUUUGGCGCUAAAUAUCGAUCCACUGAAACAGGCAUCAUUUACAACAAUGAGAUGGCAGAUUUUGAUAUUCCUGGUCACGAAAUAGUGGAUGGUAUUUCUCCAUCCCCAUUCAAUUUUCCUGAGCCAGGCAAGCGACCGUUCUCUUCCAUGUGUCCCACCAUUUUAACCGAUAACGACGGAAAAGUUCGGCUUGUUAUCGGUGCCUCUGGCGGGAAAAGGAUAACCACAGCUGUGUCACUGGUACGUCUCAUCCUUUUUUUCUACGCUACUUGAAUCUUAGGAUUUGAUUAGUAUAGGUACUCCGCCCAAAUUUAUUCACAGAGAGAAGAGAUCAAGAUAGCAGAGAAACAAAAGGACAAGCACCCUGCAUAUCUUUAUUGUGAACCGGGAAAUCCAGUAAUAAAGUUGUUCUAUUGAUAUGGAUUUUUCAGCCAAAGAAAUGGAGGCGGCCUGAAACAGUAAAUCGGUUUAUGUCUGUAUAUGCAUGAUUGUAGGCGUUGACGAGUUCCUUUCACACGUAAACGGUGCCUAUGUGGAUUUAUUCAUGAACUGUAUCUCUUCACCCGAUGAACGUUUUACUUGAACUAAACGAACUCUCGCUCUUACUACCGCCACUUACUUCUCCAAGUAGCAUUUCCUCCUUUUUCCCUUAAUAAAUCUCGAACCUUGGAUGAUUUUAGAAUCAGUGUACAAUACAACGGAAUUACAAAUACUACUGGAAUAACAAUCACAAACAAAAAUAAUUUCGUCAAGUAUCGAACGUAAAAGAUACAGAACACUUCGUCAUUAAAACUAUACUUUUGUCAGGUAUCUUGACAGUGUUAUUUGACAAAUGUUCACACCUGAACAAUAAAUUUAAAACUGAGGGUAAACUUGUGAUUUAAGGAAAACGAUGAAGGCACUUAUUGAAAAAAUGUACUCACAGGUAAAAAUUGCCUGACAUUUCAAGUUACAAAUGCCGACGGAUACCGUUUCACGCAAUCUCAUCAAGGCUGUUGUUUAUUUCUGGACGGGAGUAAACUUGCUCAUAGUUGUGACAAGAUCCUAACGGCUACAAAAAUGUCAAUGCUUUGUUCAGAAAGAAAGGGAGGAUCGUUUCUAGACUCUUUACCAUUACAUCACAAUGUACUCAAUUAAUAAUUACGUUUAUUUGCCGAACAAAGGCUCCGCUUAGUUCUGCACGGUGCAUUUAUUUAAGACAUCGCAAACGCACGCAAGCUGACGAUUACAUAAAAAUGUCUUCAAGGGGACAAAUCAGACACAAACUAAUUAAAUGAACACACCUAUGUUGUUUUGACGUUACACUACAAUGAAACAGCUUGAACGAAUUUUGCCCCAAUUAUAUAUUCGAACACAUGGUUUACAGACGUUACGCUUCGAAAUAAUACAACUAAGCGAGCUGAAUGCUUCCAUGACAAACGAAAAAUUUGGAAGAGUUUGUCAUUAAAAUAAUAGAUCUGGCACAGACGAAGCGAGUGCAGUUAAGCACAAAUGGUAUCUUACUUAUAGAACUGAGCAAAACUGGAGCGUUUAAAGUCAUUUCCGAAGACACUUGUGGCAAUUAUGGUAAAAUCUCCGCCAGCCCCAUCUACAUUAUGCAUUCAGUUCUUGGAUAGAGAAAACAAUGACCAAAAAAUACAUUAUUAUUGGGAAAACAGAUUUGUUUUACAAAAGUAUGAGGCUGUGCGGAAAUUUUACCGCAGUUAUGUCUACAAUGGCCAAUAAAAAGACAAACUGAACACGUAAGGAAAUUUUCAUAACUAAGUACUCACUAUUUUGGCCAUUUGCUUCGCUGUCCAUCGGCAUGCUGUUGAACAUCAAAACUGCAUGUGUCCGCAGUAAUACUGUCGCGCGGUUGUAUAAGAGAUCAACAGAUCUGUAGUGUAACAGUUACAAACUAUUCGCCUUUAUUACCCAAUUUUCGGUGCGUUUUCGAUGUGACGAGCUGAAAGUAACACGAAAAUGUGAAACGAAAAUGUUUUAUUUUAUUGGUCCACGCAAAGAAGAACUCAGCUUCUUUUGUAAACCUGUCAGCGCGGAUCAGAGCGUUAAGUUACUAAUCUCCUCCCCAACAACGGAUUUAAACCGGCUCUUCUUUGCUACUACUGUGCACAUACAGUACUAAUGCAAAUAUAUACUUUGCAUCUGCAGGUCUUAAUGAACAAACUCUGGUUUGGAGAUGACUUGUCUGAGGCGGUAAACGAACCUCGACUGCACACACAAAUGGUGCCUGAUCAGAGAGUAUUUUAUGAAAACAACAAGAAAUAUCGCAUUAACAAAUACGUAAUAGAAGGCUUAACACAACUAGGUCACAACGUCACUGGCAGUGAUUUCUUUGCUGUGGUACAGGCAAUCUCUAGGGAACCUGAAGGAGUAUACGCCAAGUCUGACCCGAGAAAGCAUGGCGCACCCGCGGGUCAAUAAAAGUGCGGUCCCGAGACACUCGCCCAACCAAAACUCGCUUGUAAACCCUAUGUAGGGAAGUAACACCGUUUUUUUCCAUAAAUGAGCUGAAAAAUGCUGUGAGGCUUAGAGCUACCGAAUGAUGGCGCUUCACAAGGAUAGAAAAUACAUUUUCCUUUUCUUUUUUACAGCAGUUAUCCGGCGUCGUUUGUCGAAAUUAACGUUCUUCGUUGGGAUUUUAAAACGAUUUAUGAUACUUGUCAGUAAGGCUCUUUGAUAUCGUUGUCCGAUUUGAAGUAUGUUAAAUGAAAUAGACAGAAGCGUUGAAUUCAUUCGUCUUUUUCCGUUGAUUUAAUACUUAUGUUGUUUUCAUAAUCAUUAUGUUGUACUCAGCUCAGCAUGGAAUUGCUUUGCUUAGGUACCACAUACACGUUAUGGAUUAAAUAGAAUAAAACGAGGUCGACGUAACUUGCAGUGAUUUGUUAUAGAUUAAAUAGAAUAAAACGAGGUCGACGUAACUUGCAGUGAUUUGUUUGCCGUGAUGGAGGCGAUUUCUAGGGAACCGGGAGGAAAUUUAUAUGCUAAGUAUGACCCGAAAAGUAUGGUGUGCCCGCGGGAGAAAAGGAAUUUUGUCCCGAAACAUUCGUUAGUUUAUUUGGCUGAUCUUAACUCGCUUUAAAAUCCUAUACUGACGAAAACGGAAUUUUGUAACUGUUUUUAUAACACAGUCAUUGUUAUAGAAAAAAGGGAUGUUUAAGGGAAAUGUGAUUGGCCCAAUUAACUGGACAACUGAACUAUUUUAAGAGCGCUUGUCUGUAAAAAUCAGACAAAUUCUAAAUUUCGCGGCAAGGACUAUAACUAAACUAGACUAUAACUAAAAUCACUGGAUACUUUUUUUUUCAGAGAAAAUGCAAAUAAUAAAAUUCCGUUAAAAUCGUCAUUUUUAGCAGCAAAUUAUUGCACACGAGGUCUUAUGAGAUCGAAAAAGAUGAUUUGAGUGUCUAAAAGACGUGAUAGUGAUUCGUUUUUGCACGCGAAGCCCUCAAACUCGUGCAAUAAUUUGCUGCUAAAAAUGACGAUUUCAACGGAAUUUCGUUAUUUGUAUUUUUUUCUGAAAUAAAAAGAUAUUUCGCUAAAAAAAGUAUCCAGUGAUUUUAGUUAUAGCCUAGCCUAUCUAACAUUAAAAUAAGAAAGAAAUCGAAUUUUCCACCCUUGCCGCGAUAUGUUUAAUUUUUACAGACAAGCGCUCUUAAAAUGCAUAAGCUUCAGCAAAACAAACUUCGCAUUGCUUCAAAUAUUAAUAGCCAUAUCGAGAGUAUUUCUAGACUCCACCAGUGUCUCCGCAUAACACAGCGAUUCAAGGAAGCAUUUCUUCUAACAAAAAUCACUGCUUGUAACCAGUAGGUAAAAAGUCAGUAAUUGCUAAAGAUAAAUAUAAUAUUUCUUGUUCCUCUCUGUAAAGGCGGUUACCUAUCUUUUCAUGUAGCUAACCACAGAAUGCAAAACGCACCACGGAGAGCAGUACACUGAGUAAGGUUUGAUUACAGAAUGGUUCAUCUUGAAAUCAAACAACGUAAUACAGGAGCAAAAAAAGCUCUUAUAAGAUUCACGCGUUCCAUGUAAUUUUUGAGAAGUCGGCGAAGAAAAGAGAGUCAAUCGAGAGCAUCUCAAAGGAUCAUCAGACUCGCACAUGUUUCCAUGUUUCCAAUAUACUCAUGUCAUUUCCACUAAUAUUGGCCUAAUGUGGCUAUCGACAGGAGCCAUUACUCAACCAUCGGGAAAUAUUAACCUUCCUACCUUGUACUCGUAGAGUGGUUCAUAAUCCCUUAGUGCAGCUUCGUUAACAGUACGCGUUGGAGAAGACUACAAAUCUCAAGUUUCCUAAGGGAGCAGUUGUUAUUUAUCGUCUGACGGGGGAGGGGUAGGAGGACUUUUGGGGAUCACAAGAUUCUCAGGGGGGGAAGGGAGGGGAGAUCAGUCGUUACUAUCAGAGUAUAAAGGGGGGUGAGCAUAAAAAAGUGACUGCUACUAAGGGGGAUCAUGAGAAUAACACAAAGCCUUAAGGGGGGAUCGGGAUAAUUUCAUUGAGACACAACCAGAAUCCUACGACCCCCUCCCUCUCGGGGUAAAUAAUGAGCGUUCCUAGCGUAUUCAUUAUUUAUUACGCCAUAAAAACAUUUUUAACACUUUAAAUCCCAGAUCAAAUUUGUAAUUCUCCUUACUGUCAACCAUACAAUUCUUAUGAUGUUAGUUCAGAGAAUUUACUAUUGGAUCAUUGAUUAUCCCCAAAUUGAAAUUUUUCAUUAUUCUCAUCACUUAGCUGGUUGAUAUUGUAUUAAUAUUGUGAGGAGAAUUUCUGCCUUGGUCACUCAUGAGAGUUAAAGGGUUAAAAAUGAAGAAACUGUGGCAUCCUGAGCAUUUUUGCGUGACAUUUAGGUACAAAAAAAAAAAAACAAACGAACAAACUAAAAUACAAGCUUAGAAGAGAGAGGUUGACAAAAAUAAAUGAGAAAGGUGCAGUUACUACGCAUGCUUCAAUUUACGUAACGUUCUGCUUUGCUUUUGUAUUUACUCCUACACAGAAAAGAAAUGUCAAGGAUUACCUGCUUGAGUGAGUUAUCGCACAUUUUGUUACAAUGGUCUUUUGUCCGUGAUUGUCUUGGUUGUUAAGACGCACUUUGGUUAGCUUAGAGAGUUACAUAAGAGUAGAUGAACGAACCGUUCGAUGAGCCAAAAAAAUGGUUGGUGUGGUGAGGUGCUUCUUAUGACUCUUUUAAAGAGGUGGCCUUGUGGAGUUCCUCCGAACGGUAAAGAAAACUGAAAAUACACCUUAAGCUAAACGUGUUGUGGUCAGAUAUCGUGUUUAUCAAACAGUUGAUAUCGUGGUUACUAAGGAAAAGCUUGACCUUUUGCUCCCGAAAAUUUAAAGAUAUGCGAAAUUUAAACGAUUAAAAAAGUCUCAAUUUUCACUCAGAAAAGACUCGCGGAACACUUCUACGCCGGUUAGCACUUCCUUUGAAAACAGAUCUUGGGGAAGAGCUGGACGCAAAAUGUUAGUUGACAUAUAACGGGUUGAAUAUUUCGAGAUAUUACUACAAGAGCACAAAGAAGAUUCAUAUCGCGAAGCUAACAUUUUCCUGAGAGUCGAGAUCGACUUUCACAGUUCCGUUCAAGGUUCAGUUUACAACAAGAAUAGCAAUGGCAAGCACACAGUUUAAGUAAGCAAAGUUUUCCUUCUCUCUGUAUGAUGUUGAUUUGCAAUUGUUAGUGAGCAUAUGUAACGUUAGCCUAAGUUAAGGAAAGUGUUUAAGAGUUCAGUUUACCGCUCUGCACAAUUAUCAACAUUCCAUCAUAUACAAAGGGAAAUGUGUCAUAUUCAACCAAAGGGCAACAUGGCAAAUCUUGGCUCUAGAAUUCUGUUUUCCGGCUCGAUCUUGGUAGAGAUAUAACGAAUUAUUUCCCAGAAAUCUGAGUGCAGAUCGUAGGUUGUAUUUGGAAGACUGGCUAUGACACGCUACUCCUAAUAUCUGUCAAUGAACACACAAAACGUCUGAUAAGACAUCCGAGCCCAAGAAAACGGCACACAGUGAUUUUAGGGAACAAUCUCGGCUGAAAUGUUUAGUGAUUCCUAUAAAAAAAGUAACUUUGUGAAUUUAUGAUACGAGGUGCUACAAGUAAACACUUCAGUGUAACUUGAUUUCGACAAGAUCUUCGCCGCAGUUACAAAUAUAAUCGAACGUAUUAUAGUGGUAUGGUGACGUGGACGCACAAGAUAAUCAAUAAUACGAUGCAUUAGGAAGGAGUCAUCGUUCUUCGCUGUGUGAGCAUCGACUGAAACGAGAUCUGAAUAGACAGAUCUGAUCUGUCUAUUCACGUCAUUGGAUAAGUUUGAUUUCAAUUUUGCCGGACGUAACAAAGCUAGGAUCCGUUAGAAAGUCAAAAGGGUCGUUUCAAAAACAUCAUACUUAUAGACUUUAAAUUUUGAGGUAACUACUGUAAAUUCUUCAUCGAGUUUACCAGAAAACAAAACUUAGCCUUGCGAAAUAUAAACUUUGAUUUACAACGGUAUAACGAUUGGAUGUCGUGAUUAUUGCAAGAAAAAUAUAACGUUUCAAUUCACGUCAUCGGAUAAGUUUGGUUUCAACUUUGUUGGAUUUAAUAAUGCUGGAAUUCACUAUAAAGUUGAAAGUGUCGUUUCAAAAACAUCACACAUAUGUACUUUAUAGUUACUUUUAAUUAUUGUAAAUUCUUCACUGAGUUCGCAAACAAACAAAACUUAGCCUUCCGAAUUGGAUCCCAUUUCCCCAGGCAAUUAUACACUAGGGUAAGCCGGAAACUGUGUUACGGGUUACCCCAUGACCUGACUGACCUACAGUUUCGUUGAAAUUAUUUGAGCAUAGUUUAGAAAACAUCGAGAAAUGCUAGUAGCAUAAUAUACUACAUUUACUAACAUAGUCUAUCAGGGCUAAACCGGGUUGAAAAACUUCUGGAGAGUUCAACGGACAGGAAGGAAAAUGUUUUACUUAGCUACUGAUAAGAUUUGUGUUUGGGAGGGUUACAUCGGAUUUUGGUUGUGAACCUGAUCCUCCAUUUGGCUUUGUGAUAUUCUUACGAUUCCCCCCCCCUUCCCUCAUUUGUAAUUAUUGUGAUUGGCUGUCAAUUUUCGGAUCAAUAUCAGUAUCUACGCAACUGCCCACUUACCCCUCCCCUAACUCAACAACAGUCAAUUGUGUUUGUGUAUAACAAGUCAGGGUUAAUGUUGGGUUAGGGGAGGGGUAGGCGGGCAGUUACUCAGAUACAGAUAUUGAUCCCAAUUUUCUAUAGUCCCCCCUUUAUUCUCUGUUGACGAUGACUGAUCCCCUCCCUUCCCCCGAAAAUAAAUCCUCUAAUCUCCCUUCCCCCCCCCUCGAUAGGCGGUAGAUAAUUACUGGUCCCUAAGGAAAGGAAUCCAAAGAUGGAUGCAGUAACCUUCCAACAGAAAUAGUUAAAUUAAAGAUUUUAUGUUGCAACUUUAACUAGGAUUGCAAGAAUCUAUUUAUACAUCAUGUUUAGCUGCAAACGUAAUUCUUAUUCUUACCCAAAUAAUUUAAAAGAUCCUGAACGAGUCAAAAACUAACCGGAAAGUGUUUUUUUUUAAGGUGCUGGGCAAGUGGUAUAAUUACAAUUGUCGCAGCAUUUUGUGCUAUUGGUCUCGUAGUUGGGCUGGUCUGUUAUUUCAUGCUUCGUAGCGAUAAAUCAUUCGGCGGACCCUAUAAAAGAGAAGCCGUUGCCACGGAUACACAGCAGUGUUCUGACAUAGGAGAAAACAUCCUAAAGGCAAACGGCUCUGCAGUGGAUGCUGCCAUCGCCGCCAUGUUCUGUUUGGGUGUGGUCAGCAUGCACUCAUCAGGGAUAGGAGGUGGGGGAGUGAUGUUAGUGUACAAUCAAACAUUAAAGCAAGCCACAGUCAUCGAUUUCAGAGAAACUGCCCCAGCUACAGCCUACUGGAAUAUGUUCAAGGACAAAAAGGGAGAAGCCGAGAAAGGUCUAAACUUUUGUUUAUGCAUGAUUUUGUUGUGAACUUAUCGUUAACAAUUUUUCACCGAAGUGGAAGUGAAUGACUGUUUUAGCAUAAACCAAACCAAUACCAAAAAUUAGGCUAAAAUUAUGACAAUUCUUCUCUUCGGCUGCUUGGAGGUGAAUGGUACUUGCUAUUCACUUCCGAGCUAGCCAAUCUGCGUGUGCGUAAAACAUUGUUAACUUGCGUGCCAUUUACUACUUUUUAAUUAUUAUUUAUUCUGCUUUAAUAGAGUAAUGGACAUGUUCCCCAAUUCAGAGUAUCUACUAAUUGAUCUAUGCAAACGAAUUGAUCAAUGCAAACGUACUUUCUUUCUCUACUUCGAAGUUUUGGACUCCUUGAGAGUACUCUAAAUCCCAAAAGAAAAUCGGCGCGUUAAACUAAAUCUAUAAUUACCUCGUUUGUUAAGUUUAUUAAUAUCUGUCUAAGGAAAUACCUUACUUACACAGAUGGCACCAACGAAUUAACAAACACUAUUUUUUUAUAAAACCCCAAAAAAACUCCAACUUAACAACCAUUAACCUUAGGUGGUCGGUCCAUCGCUGUUCCCGGCGAGGUGCGCGGUCAGUUCGAGGCUUGGAAACGACAUGGUCGGUUACCAUGGAAACGCCUUGUUCAACCCGCCAUCGAUUUGGCCAAAAAUGGGUUUAAAGCAUCUAAAGCACUGGAUGAUGCACUAAAAACGACCAAAGGAAUCGAAAAAGAUAUCAGAAAUGACUCUGGUUUAAGGUCAGAAAUAUUCAUUAUUGCUGGAUGGCGAAGGCAGUUUGUGUAUACGAAAACAGUGGAUAGUGUUAAAGGCGCGCUCUGAUUGGCCGCUCAAUCUCUGAAUAUGAUUUGUUAUUCACCUCCGAGCAUGUCCCCCGAAAAUGUUGUAAUGGUUGCAGGAAUAAAUAACCUUUUUGCGCUAUAUUAUCUCACUGUUUUUGAAAUAGAUAUGGAAUUUCUCUUCGAGUAUUUAACUCGAUAGCUCACGAGUGAGCCCAGCGACCGAGUGAGUUGUCGAGUUAUACACGAGAAGAGAAAUUCCAUAUCUACAAGCAACCAUGUAGUAUUUUUUAUCAUAUAAACACAAUAGCCCCUCACUGACAAGAAAAGUCGACUUUAUAAACGAAUGAAAAUAAAAGGAUCGACAAUCCCCAAAUAAAAAUUGUAAAGUGCGUUGGCGCUAAGGUUCAAGAUGAAAAAUGCGUUGAAUCAUUACAAAAACAACGAUGGGCGUAAUUUCAAUGUAAAAAAUUCUCAUUUACUGAUUUUGUCCUUACCGACAGAAGAAAUCUUUUAUGGACACGGCGUGGGUAAUACGGAUUUUUCGAUGUUUUAGCAGCCAUAAUCCGAGAAAUUUCCAAAAAAAAACCACAGAUUUAGAAUGGUGAAGGCUUUGCAGUUCAUUCAUCAACCUGACCGAGUGCCCCGAAAGACAAGUGACGUAUCAGCAGCUGAUUGACGAUAUCAAACACACGCGAAAAAAGAUCGUAUUUUUUCACGUGUGUUGUUACGGCUUUUCUCAGGGCUGGAAAUCCUUGUAUAACACCGUAGUUUAUAUGAUAAUAAACAACUUUUACCUCAGUGACGGUAGUUAGUGGCGGAAAUUUACCACCACCAGCCACCUCUCCUUCGGUGAAGGAACCACAGUCUUCUAUGGGAAGAUUAUUCUCUCAGAGCAACAGAUUUUUGUUCGUAUGCAGCUGGAUAAUGUGAUAAUUUACGUCAUUGAAUUUUCAAUUUUUUCAGUGAACUGCUCCUGGUUGAUAAUAAAAGACUUGUUAAGAAAGGAGACGUCAUUAAGAAUGAAAAGUACGCAAUGACCCUGGAAAGAGUGCGUGACGAUCCAGAAUCUUUUUACAAUGGAGCACUUGCCAGUGACAUUAUUCGUGAUUUGAAGAAAGUCAAUGGGAUGGUGACUGACAGUGAUUUAAGAAAUUACAGGCUGAUCACAAGAAAUCCAUAUCAGAGAGGACUCUCGGGCAUGAAAAUGUACCUGACCCCACCCCCGACAAGUGGCGCCGUGCUUGGACUCAUCUUGAACAUUUUGCAAGGUAGGAGUUCUCCUCAAAAUGCUAUUAUUAUUAUUGUCAUUAUAAUUGUUUUCUUACAUCUCACUCGCCGUCUCAAAAACACUGUGAUAAAUAUAGCACAUGUAGCACAUAUAGCUCCCCUUCCUUGUGCACACACUCUUCUUCACAUUAAAAAAAAAAAAAAAUGACCAGCCCUUAAUUAUCGCCUUGGAAGGGAGGGGGGGUGUGGAGAAUUUUUAUUGCGUCACGUUAAAAUUUACCGGAUCCCCGGUAACAUUAUUAUGAUCACCACCGGUCUCCCCCUUUAAAGAUCUGGCUUAUGUCAAGAGAGAGGAAAUCGUGUUUCUAGUUGGAGCAGGUUAUGUUUGAAUUCACUGACAAAGUCAUUUUCACCGUUUACACCCUCAUAUCAGUAUGCAUAUUCUCCAUACUGUUCUCUGUACGUUUCCUCAGGUGCUGACAAGGAGAAUUUGGUUAGCAAUGUAAAACUUCUUUGGUUGGUGAUCAUUUCAUUUAUUCUCAUGACCUUCAUGUUUGAUUCAGGGCUGAUAUUGUUAAGAGAAAUUAGAUGCUAGUCACUCUAAGGAAUUAAAGGGUUAAUUAGACGAAACCGGUGGGAAAUACGAAAAAAAAAAAACGAGUCUUCAACAUUGUUUGCUGCAUGCUACUCACAAAGCCCUGUUUAAGAAGUACCAUUUUUUUUCCUCUUUUUUUUAAUGUAGGGUACAAUAUGACGUCGUCAGCCUUUAAAGACAAGAAAUCCUCUGUGCUUACGUAUCACCGAAUCAUUGAAGCCUUUAAGUUCAGUUAUGCAUGGCGCAGUCUGCUUGGAGAUCCAUAUUUCAAUUCAGACAUCAUGGUAGGUGGAAAUAAUUCAGUGAUACACACAGGACGAAAUUGUGAUACACACAGGACGAACAAGAAUCCGUAAACGGAAACGUGGCAGAAACAUGUUAAACCGUUCCGGAAACACGACGGAUAACCUGUGUUUCCGUUACCGGUUUCGUGACGUUUUCUCGCGUUUCCGUUGCUGCGUAUACAACGGAACCGGACCACUUUUACGUAAACAUAACGGAAACAUGGAGUUGCAUGUUUCCGCCACGUUUCAGAAAUACGGAAACAUGUGAUUUCGUCCUGUGCCAAAUGCCAGCUCUGUAACAUUUUCCGUACGGAUAUAAUAUCAGAGGGUUUUCCGGUCGGCCCUUAGAGAUUAUGCUUGCAUAAUUUUUGGCACAAUUAAUUUGGAAAAAAGAGCAUAAUUUUUCCUUUAUUGUAAAAGUAGCACUGUUAGCAUAAUCAGCAUAUUUCCAGUAUUUUUUGAAGAGAACAUCACCAGAUGCAUCAAUGGAUUUUUCUCUUCGAUUAAUUAUUUUCAAGUUCGGCCCAUGGUUUCGUCUAUUUUCAAUUUUGCAAUGUUUUCGGGGAAGAAAGCAAUCGCAGUACCUGGUCAUUGGUCGUCUAAAGGACUGGACACACCGAAAGUAAGGAAUGCGUCUGUCCCAGUUUCCGCUCUUUCACAGGCAACAAAAUGGCGUCGAAGAGAAACGCGACGCUAACAUCAUACAUUUUGACACAUGUCACCGUUUGAAGUCUUGAAUUAAGUGCAGUAGUUAAAUGUGCCUACAUUUGUGUAACUCAAAAUAAAGAUUAAAGAGGGUAAGUUCUGAAAGAAACUGCGGUGCUUUGAUAAUGUGAAUUGGCCACCGUAGCUUUAGAAACUCUUUACGGUAGCCGGUUUACAUUAUCAGCUUAGUUGAUAAAACCAAAUUAUUCAAAUGAAGAAGUAUCGACGAUUCGUGCUUAAAUAAAAAGAAAUUUUCAAUUUGGACUUGUUUUGUUUUUCUGUUGUGAAAAGGGUACUUUUAAAAAAAGUAGCAUAACUUUCAAAAACGAGUAUAUAGACUGCUCUGUUCUGUUGUAAAGCACGCAGGAAGCGGCUAGAGCACGAAAGAAGUGUAGGGAGAAACACGAAACGUAAUGGAGUGUUUCUACCCACUUCUUGAGAUACGAAACAAUAUAUAUACUACACGAGUGUUGGCUGUGCUUGAUUUUUAUUACCGUAUGUAAGCUUGCAAUCUUACUGAGUGUAAAAACCUUUCAAACUCGGACUGUCCAUUUCAUUUUCUCUUUGAGGAUUUUCGUCUCAGCUCACCUUAUAAUAACGUCGAUUACGGCGCCUGGCAUGUUUACAUACCUUUAUUUGGUAUAUAAAAAAAAGAAUUUGGUAUAUAAAAUAGAGAAAAGUCCUGGAAAAGGUUAGACAGUACAAUUUGGCAGAUGGCGUGACAGCUUCAGCUGAGCUCUAUGCUCUAUACUCUCAUGGAGCACGCUCUUUCAACCAAUGAUAGUGUGCGUUACAUCCGAACUUUAUUAUAAUAGUACAAUAUGCUACUUUUACUGGCACAGUAUUAAAGGGCCUACUCUCUGGUUGAUUUUUGUCAGCCCUUUGCUGUUAGCGAUCACACGAGAUAGUAAUCUCUUCAUUGAAGUCCGAAUUGCGUACUCAGACACUCAAAAAAAGCCAACUUCAAAUUGAAAAAAAAUAAUUUAAAUUUGCCCAUUUUGUUGCGAUAUGGCGCAUUUUACCUUCCAGCAAGAUAAGUGAACGCUAUUUUAAAACGAGCCGUUAAAAGGGCAAAUGUAAAAACAAGAAUUAAAAAGAGCAAAGGGUAACUCUGUGUAACGUAUGUGGCCGACCCCAUGCGGGAAAACGAGGGUGACCAAACCUGAUUACAUUUUGUCCGGGGACGAUGAGGUCCUCCCCUGAUUAAGCUUUGCAUCUAGUUGGACGAGCAAGUGGGGGCAACUUUCAAAGACAACUGGCAGCAAUUGCGGAUUAUCUUAUUCAAAAUUCGCACAACAAAGUUCAGUCAGAAUCACCAGAACAUUAGUUGAAUAUUGUGCAAAUUUGGUGAUAUUUCAGAGUAGAGCAUCACAGAUGUUGGAGGCAAAAACAGGUAAUCGCCUACGCAACAAAAUAUGGGAUGACAAGACCCACAAAGAUGUAAGCUAUUACGCGGACUUCUUUUCGAACGCUGAUUACGGUACUACCCACGUGGCUGUUCUGGCCCCAGAUGGAGACGCAGUUUCCGUGACAUCUACUAUCAACAUGAGGUGAGUUUAGAACUAAUCGAUUUUGGAUGAACGGCUUAAACCUGAGCCUGCUUAGCUGGUAGUUUUGUGUUCGCUUUGAAGUGUUGAGGGUAAAGGAAUACAGAAACGAGCAGGGAAGCCACGAGGGACCUAGGAUAAAAAUUAUGGGGGAGCUACUCAAACUUCCGCAGCUCGUUUGCCACAGUUAUUUUCAUCAAGUGCCCAAAAAAUACGACAACUGCGAGCUGCAGAUGAACCUAUUGACUUUGAUACUAUCGUUGUUAAAGAGGGCAAUGGCAUCUUCUUCUCGAAAUGCUCUCUUCGGGAACAAUGACACACAGCCGUAUUUCAAGGUCAGAAUAAAGGCUACAACUUGACUAUCACUUCUCACCUAUUACAUCCUUGUCGCUUGAAUCUUUCAUUACUGUUUUCGAAAGAGCGCUUGUUCAGUGGGCUCAGAAUCUGGCCUCAAAAAAGGAAAAGGGCGGAUUCUUUUCUUUUUGUCAAACGCUCGACUUUUUUUAAAAAAAUGAAGCCUCACGAUAAACUUUUCGCACAAUGUUAUGAAAGCAAUAAAUUUGACACAGGAUACUAACUUAACCCCAUAUUUUUAUCGCAAUGAGGCAGCUCAAAUGUUCGUGAAGUAUGGACCCAGAAAAAAAGAGAGGAAACUGACAAAACUUACCACUAGCUGCAUUGCAUUCUAGUGAUACCGUGAACUGUUUUUGUGUUUAAUAAUAGGUUCGGUGCUAAAUACCGAUCCACUACCACAGGCAUCAUUUACAACAAUGAGAUGGCAGAUUUUGAUAUUCCUGGUUACGAGGUAGUGGGUGAUAUUUCUCCUUCACCAUUCAAUUUUCCUGAGCCAGGCAAGCGACCGUUCUCUUCCAUGUGUCCCACCAUUUUAACCGAUAACAACGGAAAAGUUCAGCUUGUUAUUGGUGCUUCUGGCGGGAAAAGGAUAACCACAGCUGUAUCACUGGUACGUCCAAUCGUUUCAUUCAAAAUUCCUUGACUCUUAAGAUUUUAUAGCUAAGCUGAUAAGCAUUCUGUGGGCUAUAUAUUAAACCCCAUUAAGGGCGUAAUCAGGAUGUUUCAAUGGGGGUUCACACUGUAUCAAACGGAGGGUACUUACCAGUUUCCACCGACUGAACAUUGUGGGUUGUUUGCUUAAAUCAAGGCUUAAAAAGGGUAGAAGGGUCACGGGCACCACACGACCCCCCCCCCCCCUCACCACUCUAGCUACGCCCUUGCCCGUGCUCAACACUUUGCUCAGAGAGCUAUUGAGAGUUUAGAAACAAACUCUUUUUUCAGUGGGUCGAAGUCUGUAGUCAACUAAUCCGUCCCUCCAUCUCCAGGGCGGAUUCACACCGCCUCUGUGGUAAAUAUUGAAAGCAAGGAAGCUUAUAAUUAUUUUUGCACCUGCAGGUCUUAAUGAACAAACUCUGGUUUGGAGAUGACUUGUCUAAGGCGGUAAACAAACCUCGAUUGCACACACAAAUGGUGCCUGAUCAGAGAGUAUUUUAUGAAAACAAUAAGGACUAUCGCAUUGACAAGUACGUAAUAGAAGGCUUAGCACAACGAGGUCACAACAUCACUGGCUGUGAUUUGUUUGCUGUGGUGCAGGCGAUUUCCUGGGAACCUGAAGGAAUAUACGCCAAGUCUGAUCCGAGAAAGCAUGGUGUACCCGCGGGUCAAUAGAAGUGCGGAAUGUGAUUGGCCCAAUUAACUGGAUAACUUAACUACUUAACAAAUAGAUUCCAAGUUGCCGUGCGUCUGUUCAGUAAUAGAUCACAGAUGACGUGAAAAUGUGGUAAGAACAAAAAAGUGGCACACGAGGCACAACCGAGUGUGUCACUAAUGUUCUUACCACAUUUUGACGUCCUCUGUGAUCUAUUACUGAACAGACGCACGGCAACUUGGAAUCUAUUUGUUUUAUAUAAUAAAGAAUUUUAAAAAGUUUUAAUGAUGACGUCAUCUAUACGUCUGUCUUCCAAUAGAUCAUAACUGAGAACCAAUCAGAAUGCAUGCAUAACUGAGCUUAUUAUAUAAUUUAAAAUGGAUAAGUGUUAGCAAAAUAAACUUCGCAUUGCUUCGAAUAUUAAUAGCCAUAUCGAGAUUAUUUUUAGACUCCACCAGUGUCGCUGCAUAACACAGUGAUUCAAGGAAGGAUUUUAACAACAUCACUGCUUGUAGCUGGUGGGUAAAAACUCAGUAAUUUCUGAAGGUAAAUAUAGUAUUUCUUGUUCCUCUCUGUAAGGGCGGUUACCUACCUACUUCAUUCUACCUACUUCAGAAUGCAAAGCACACCAUGGAAAGCAGUACACUGAGUAAGGUUUGAUUACAGAAUAGUUCAUCUUCAAACAAUAUAAUACAGGAGCAAAAAGACUCUUUAAGAUUCACACGUUCCAUGCAAUUUUUGAGAAGUUCGCAUAGAAGAGAGUCAAUUGAGAGCAUCUCAAAGAAUCAUCACAUUCCACACCUGUUUCCAUGUUUCCAAUAUACUCAUGCCAUUUCCACUAAUAUUGGCCUAAACUGGCUAUCGGCAGGAGCCCAUUACUAGCUGCUAUCGGGAAAUAUUAACCUUUUUACCGUGUACUCGAAGAGGGGUCUAUAAUCCCUUAGUGCAGCUUCGUUAACAGUGCGCGUUGAAGAAGACUACAAAUCUUAAGUUUCCUAUGGAAGCAGUUGUUAUUAAAUACCUGGCGGGGGAGAGGUAGGAGGACUUUGGGGGAUCACAUGGUUCUCAGGGGAGAAGGGAAGGGAGAUCAGUCGUUGCUGGCAGAGUAUAAAGGGGGUGUGAGCAUAAAAAAGUGACUGCUAUUAAGGGGAUCAUGAGAAUAACACAAAGCCUAAAGUAGGGUUCGGGGAAAUUUCAUUGAGACACAACCAUAAUCCUACGAUCCCCUCCCGUCUGAGGAUAAAUAAUUAGCGUUCCUAGCGUAUUCGGUUUUACAAAAGAUCUGCGAGAAAAAAAUAUGCUCGUAUAAAAGACAAACACUUAACUACGAACUUUAAAAAAAAAGAUUUCUAAAAUGGAAACAAAAGGUAAGAGCAGUCUUAUUUGUCUUGCAGUGUCACACCUGAUCGGUCAAAGUCUUGUUGUUGUCAAGGAAUGCCUAGUUCGCUUGCCCACCACAGCCUUGUUGCUUUGAGGAAAUUUAUCACGUGACCAAUUGCUGCAGAAGGCCUGUUACGCCAUUAAAACAUUUUUAACACUGAAGAAACUGUGGCAUCCUAAACAUUUUUGCGUGACAUGUAUGUACCCAAAAAAAGAUAUGCGAAAUUUAAACGCUUAGAAAAGUCUCAAUUUUCCUUCAGAAAACACUCGCAGAAGACGUGUACGUUAGCGCUCCCUUUGAAAUAAGAUUUUGGGAAGUACUGGGCGCAAAAUGGUAAUUGACACAUCGUAACGGAUCGAAUUUUUCGAGAUAUUACUACAAGAGCACAAAAAAAGAUUCACACUGCGAAGCUAACGUUUUCCUGAGAUGUCGAGUUCGAAGAUAACGGUUGAGGUAGCCAUAACUGUGAGAGCCAAAGAUGGAAAGUGCACACAGUUUAAGUAAGCAAAGUUUUCCUGUCUCUGUAUAAUGUUGAUUUGCAGUUGUUAGUGAACAUAUGCAACGUUAGCCUAAGUUAAGGAAAGUGUUUAAGAGUCAGUUUACCGCUCUACACAAUCAUCAACAUUCCGUCAUAUACACAGGGAAAUAUGUCAUAUUCUGAACAAAAGCGCUACUCUGAAAAUAUUCGCGUCGCGGUAUUCUGUUUUCCGUUCGAUCUUGGUUGAGAUAUAACAAAUUAUUUCUCGGAAAUCUGAGUGCAGAUCGUAGGUUGUAUUUGGAAGACUGGCUAUAACACGCCACUCCAAAUAUCUUCCAAUGAACACACAAAACGUCUCAUAAGACAUCCGAGUGAUUUUAAGGAACAAUCUCGGCUGAAAUGUUUAGUGGUUCCUAUAAUAACAGCAACUUUGUGGACUCAUAAUACGAGGUACCACAAGCAAACAUUUCAGUGAAACUUAAUUUCGACAAGAUCUUCACCGCAGUUGCAAAUAUAAUUGAACGUAUUAAAGUGAAGUGGUGAAGUGGACACACAAGAUAAUCAAUAAGGCAGGAGUCAUCAUUCUUCGCUGUGUGAGCAUUGACUGGAACGAGAUCUGAUGUUGAGUUAAAAAGGCACGAUUUUAAAGGCAUGAAUUCUAGAGUUGUAGCAUGAAAUAUGAACUUUGAUUUCAGACGGUAUAACGAUUAGAUGUCGUGAUUACUGCAGAAAAAUACGUUUCAAUUCGCGUCAUCCGAUAAGUUUGAUUUCAAUUUUGCCGGAUCCGAACAGUACUGGAAUCCGCUGGAAAGUCGAAAGGGUCGUUUAAAAAAAUCACACAUAUAGACCCGAAAGUUUCUUGUGAUUAUUGUAAAUUCUUUAUCGAAUUUUCUAGAAAACAAAAUUGGAUCCCAUUUCCAAAGGCAACUAUAUACUAGGGUAAGCCGGAAACUGUGUUAGGUUACCCCUUGACCUGACUGACCUACAGUUUCGUUGAAAUUAUUUCAGCACAGUUUGGAAAACAUCGAGAAAUGCUAACAGCAUAAUAUACUGCAUUUACUAACUUAGUCUAUAAGGGCCUAAAACCGGGUGAAGAACUUAUGGAGAGUUCAACAGACCGGAAGGAAAAUUGUUCGCACUAGCGACAAAAUUGUUUAUUUAAACAAAUUUUCUGUCAUCACCAACACUUUACAAGUGCGGACGGUUUGUCGCGACUUAACAAUUUUUUGCCGAAGCGGACAUUUUUUCAAACGCACCGCCGACAAAAUUUGUACCGGGUAAAAGCUUGGAAAAAGCUACUAAAUAAACAAAACUGUGGUAAACUUGUUUAUCAUUUGUCGUAAACGCUACAGUUAGUGUACAUGUGGUACCUGAACUGGGUUCAGUUUACUAAAAGAUUGCGGUAAUUGUCCUUCGUUGCGAAACUCGCAGAAUUUACAACUUUAACUUAUGAUGAAUACCGGUAAUUGGAGUUUUAAUCCAUUGGCAAAUCAUAACGACCAGUCGUAUGAGCAGAUCAGGCGCUGAAAUGUGCCACCCUAUGAAGACCAACAAGGAAACAAUUCUCAUUCAAACGGGCCAACCUACAACGGGUGGAGCAAUUUUCCAGUCGCCACUUAGUCAAACUAAAAAUGAAGCCGCAGAUGUGGCCGCAGAAGAUCCUCCACAACUUCUUGCACUGCUCCUAGAACACUCGAUCUUCCAACAUUGAAAUUCGGCCUAAUGCUCUCAUAAGAGUUCUCGUGCGCCAGACGAUACAAACCAAGUGCAAGUACUUUUUCUGGGGCAAUGCAGUCACGCAAUUUUGUGUUUUCGUGGGUUACAGCAGGUCGCAAAACAUUCAACAGAACAUCGAAGGUACAACGAUCUAUUCGCAGUUGCCUUCUGAAAAACGCCUCAGGAAUUGUUCGGUCAUUGUAGUGGAUCUCGAACCAUGACCGGUUUGGUCUUGAAAGUUUCCAAAGGUACGGGCUGUGUCGACGUGCCCGUCGUCUCCGUCUUCUACGGUGUUCAACCAUGAAAAGAGUUGCUUGGUGUCUAGGAAAUUGAUGCCUUAAUACUAGGCUCAUUAUAAGCAUCAUUUCGUCUGCCAUCUGAGCAAAAUUUAAAAGCAAGAAACACGCCACAAGUUGAAGCAUUUGAACAUGUUUCAUUAUCCCGCCAAAGCGUUUGAUGUUUGGGCGCGCGCAGCUAAAUUGAAACAUAGGCAUGCUAUGCAUGCAAAAGUAAUUUUUUGGGGUGGGUGGAUUACUUCAAACAUUGCAAGUGAUGUCUACAUUUUUACUAAAGGAAAAAAGAGCAUUAAUGCGGAAAAGAACGAAAAUGUUGAAUUAACUCACAGAUAUUUUGUGGUAGAUUGUGUGUGAUGUGCGAAUAACUGUAACCAAAAAUAAACUGUAUUAGUGCCACAGAUACCUGUUAGCACAAAAUGCAGACUGCAGACUGCAGACCGGAUACAAAAUGUAGACUUGGUACAAAAUGCAGACAGAGAAUCUAAAGAGAUUUUUCGUGUGAUAUGUGAUAACAUGUCAUCUUACAACUUACCGACCGUCACGCAAUCGCUUUUCCGCGAUCAGCUUUCACGACUAUUUGCACUAUCGUGGAAUAUUCCUGACCCAUUUCGUGAUCAAAAUCGAUCUUAAUGUAAUUUCAAGCCUUUACAUAGUCUUCUCACUUUACGCGCGAGUUGGUUGGUGUGAUGUCUGUACAGAUUUUACCAACGUUAUAAUAGAUGUUUAUGUAAAUGAGAUGUCACCAUUGAACAUUUAACACGCGCAACACUCGAGAAACAAUUGACAGCUUUGCACGUGGUCCGUAUUAUCAUCUUUUGAAGCGGUAUGUGUCUAUGUUGUCGACAAAAAUGUGGAUCGAGACUAAAAUUGUUCCUUCGACUUGAUACAAUAGAGAGUAAGGGGGGUCAGGUAAAUGUUAUCUUGACACAACAAAUUCCUCCAACCACUCAGGCGAUAAAUAAUGGCUGCUCCUUUAUUUCAAAAAUAAAGUUGCCUUCCUUGUAAACUUCCUCCGUCGUUUUUCCUCAUUCCUCAAACUGGUCAAUCUUUCCUCGCCUUGGAUCUGAACUUUAAUCCGGCCAAGUGGAGACUAUACAUCCUUUUUUGGCUGUUUAUGAGAAUUAGAAGUGAUGUAGAGACAAUGUACCCAAUAUGAAAGUUCUCUUUUCCUCAGUUUUGUCGAUAAUGCAUAAUUCUCUCUCUCUUGGAAGGGAUUCAAUAACAGACCGAUCGACGUCAUUAUUUAUCGCCUGAAGGGGGAGAAAGUAGGGGGUUGAGGAUUUUAGUUAUGUACCUGAUCCUCCAUAUGGCUCUGUGAUAUUCUUACGAUUCCCCCCUCCCCUUAUUUGUAGGUAUUGUGAUUGGCGGUCGAUGUUCUAUAUUCCUCCCCUUUAUUCUCCGUUGACGACGACUGACCCCCUCCCUCCCCCCUGAAAACCAUGUCUUCCCUCGCAAUAAUCCUCUAAUCUCCCUCCUCCUGCUCCCCACCACCCCCCCCCCCCCCUCCCACAGGCGCUAGAUAAUUACUGGUUCCUAAGGAAAAGAAUCUAAAAAUGGACUCAGUAACCUGCCAACAGAAAUAGUUAAAUUAAAGAUUUUAUGUUGCUAAUUUGGCCAGGGUUGCAGGGAUCGAUCCAUUUCUACAUCAUCUUUAGCUGCCAACGUAAUUUUUUUUUUCUUACUGAGAUAAUUUAAAAGAUCCUGAACAAGUCAAAAACGAUCAUAUAACUAAUCUUCAUGUGUUUUUUAAGGAACUGGGCAUCCAGUGAGAGUGGUAAAAAAAAAAUUGGCGGCUACCUAGCAGCAUUCUGUGUAGUAGGUGUCGUAGUUUGGCUGGUCUGUCAUUUCGUAUUUUCUAGCGAUGAAUCAUUUGGCGGACCUUAUAAAAGAGAAACCAUUGCCACGGAUACACAGCAGUGUUCCGAAAUUGGAAAAGACAUCCUAAACGUUAACGGUUCUGCAGUGGAUGCUGCCAUCGCCGCCAUGUUCUGUUUGGGUGUGGUCAGCAUGCACUCAUCCGGGAUAGGAGGUGGGGGAGUGAUGUUAGUGUACGAUCAACCAAUAAAGAAAGCGACAGUCAUCGAUUUCAGAGAAACUGCCCCAGCUACAGCCGACCGGGAUAUGUUCAAGGGUAAAGAGGAAGAAGCCAAGAAAGGUCUGUACUUUUGUUUAUGCAUGAUUCUUUUGUGAACCAAUCGUUAACAAUUUUUCGCCGAAGUGGAGGUGAAUUACUGUUUUAGUAUAAACCAAACCAAUACCAAAAAUUAGGCUACCUUUACCUGUUGACCCGACAAUUUGUCUCUUCGGCUGCUCGGAGGUGAAUGGUACUUGCUAUUCACUUCCGAGCUAGCCAAUCUGCGUGUGCGUAAAACAUUGUUAACUUGCGUGCCAUUUACUACUUUUUAAUUAUUAUUUAUUCUGCUUUAAUAGAGUAAUGGACAUGUUCCCCAAUUCAGUGUAUCUAUUAAUUGAUCAAUGCAAACGUACUCUCUUUCUCUACUUCGAAGUUUUGGACUCCUUCAGAGUACUUUAAAUCCCGAAAGAAAAUAGGCGCGUUAGACUAAAUCUAUAAUUACCUCGUUUGUUAAGUUUAUUAAUAUCUGCCUAAGGAAAUACCUUACCUACACAGAUGGCACCAACGAAUUAACGAACAAUAUUUGUUUAAAAAACCCACAAAAACGACAACUUAACAACCUUUAACUUUAGGUGGUCGGUCCAUCGCUGUUCCCGGCGAGGUGCGCGGUCAGUUCGAGGCCUGGAAACGACAUGGUCGGUUAGAAUGGAAACGCCUUGUUCAACCCGCUAUCGACUUGGCCAAAAAUGGGUUUAAAGCAUCUAAAGCACUGGAUGAUGCACUAAAAACGACCAAAGGAAUCGAGGAAGAUAUCAGAAAUGACCCUGGUUUAAGGUCAGAAAUAUUCAUUAUUGCUGUGUGGCGAAGGCAGUCUGUGUAUACGAAAACAGUAGAUAGUGUUAAAGGCGCGCUCUGAUUGGCUGCUCAAUCUCUGAAUAUGAUUUGUUAUUCACCUCCGAGCAUGUCCCCCGAAAAUGUUGUAAUGGUUGCAGGAAUAAAUAACCUUUUUGCGCUAUAUUAUCUCACUGUUUUCGUAUAUAAUAAAUAGAGAAUAAUACAUGGGUGCGCGUAGAUAUGGAAUUUCUCUUCGAGUAUUUAACUCGAUAGCUCACGAGUGAGUUGUCGAGUUAAACACGAGAAGAGAAAUUCCACAAGCAUCUACAAGCAACCAUGUAGUAUUUUUUAUCAUAUAAACACAACAGCCCUUCACUGACAAGAAAAGUCAACUUUAUAAACGAAUGAAAAUAAAAGGAUCGACAAUCCCCAAAUAAAAAUUGUAAAGUGCGUUGGCGCUAAGGUUCAAGAUGAAAAAUGCGUUGAAUCAUUACAAAAACAACGAUGGGCGUAAUUUCAAUGUAAAAAAUUCUCAUUUACUGAUUUUGUCCUUACCGACAGAAGAAAUCUUUUAUGGACACGGCGUGGGUAAUACGGAUUUUUCGAUGUUUUAGCAGCCAUAAUCCGAGAAAUUUCCGAAAAAAAACCACAGAUUUAGAAUGGUGAAGGCUUUGCUGUUCAUUCAUCAACCUGACCGAGUGCCCCGAAAGACAAGUGACGUAUCAGCAGCUGAUUGACGAUAUCUUACACACUUGAAAAAAGAUCGUAUUUUUUCACGUGUGUUGUUACGGCUUUUCUCAGGGCUGGAAAUCCUUGUAUAACACCGUAGUUUAUAUGAUAAUAAACAACUUUUACCUCAGUGACGGUGGUUAGUGGCGGAAAUUUACCACCACCAGCCACCUCUCCUUCGGUGAAGGAACCACAGUCUUCUAUGGGAAGAUUAUUCUCUCAGAGCGACAGAGUUUUGUUCGUAUGCAGCUGGAUAAUGUGAUAAUUUACGUCAUUGAAUUUUCAAUUUUUUCAGUGAACUGCUCCUGGUUGAUAAUAAAAGGCUUGUUAAGAAAGGAGACGUCAUUAAGAAUGAAAAGUACGCAAUGACCCUGGAAAGAGUGCGUGACGAUCCAGAAUCUUUUUACAAUGGAGCACUUGCCAGUGACAUUAUUCGUGAUUUGAAGAAAGUCAAUGGGAUGGUGACUGACAGUGAUUUAAGAGAUUACAGGCCGAUCACGAGAGAUCCAUAUCAGAGAGGACUCUCGGGCAUGAAAAUGUACCUGACCCCACCCCCGACAAGUGGCGCCGUGCUUGGACUCAUCUUGAACAUUUUGCAAGGUAGGAGUUCUCCUCAAAAUGCUAUUAUUAUUAUUGUCAUUAUAAUUGUUUUCUUACAUCUCACUCUCCGUCUCAAAAACACUGUGAUAAAUAUAGCACAUGUAGCACAUAUAGCUCCCCUUCCUUGUGCACACACUCUUCUUCACGUUCAAAAAAAAAAAAAAAAAAAAGAGUGACCAGUCCUUAAUUAUCGCCUUGGAAGGGAGGGGGGGGUGUGGAGAAUUUUUAUUGCGUCACGUUAAAAUUUACCGGAUCCCCGGUAACAUUAUUAUGAUCACCACCGGUCUCCCCCUUUAAAGAUCUGGCUUAUGUCAAGAGAGAGGAAAUUGUGUUUCUAGUUGGAGCAGGAUAUGUUUGAAUUCACUGACAAAGUCAUUUUCACCGUUUACACCCUCAUAUCAGUAUGCAUAUUCUCCAUACUGUUCUCUGUACGUUUCCUAAGGUGCUGACAAGGAGAAUUUGGUUAGCAAUUUAAAACUUCUUUGGUUGGUGAUCAUUUCAUUUAUUCUCGUGACCUUCAUGUUUGAUUCAGGGCUGAUAUUGUUAAGAGAAAUUAGAUGCUAGUCACUCUAAGGAAUUAAAGGGUUAAUUAGACGAAACCGGUGGGAAAUACGAAAAAAAAACGAGUCUUCAACAUUGUUUGCUGCAUGCUACUCACCAAGCCCUGUUUAAGAAGUACCAUUUUUUUCCUCUUUUUUUUAAUGUAGGGUACAAUAUGACGUCGUCAGCCUUUAAAGACAAGAAAUCGUCUGUGCUUACGUAUCACCGAAUCAUUGAAGCCUUUAAGUUCAGUUAUGCAUGGCGCAGUCUGCUUGGAGAUCCAUAUUUCUAUUCAGACAUCAUGGUAGGUGGAAAUAAUUCUGUGAUACAAAAUGCCAGCUCUAUAACAUUUUCCGUACGGAUAUAAUAUCGGAGGGUUUUCCGGUCUGCGCUUAGAGAUUGUGCUUGCAUAAUUUUUGGCACAAUUAAUUUGGAAAAAAGAGCAUAAUUUUUCCUUUAUUGUAAAAGUAGCACUGCUAGCAUAAUCAGCAUAUUUCCAGCAUUUUUUGAAGAGAAGAUCACCAGAUACAUCACUGGAUUGUUCUCUUCGAUUGAUUAUUUUCAAGUUCGGCCUAUGGUUUCGUCUAUUUUCAAUUUUGCAAUGUUUUCGGAGAAGAAAGCAAUCGCAGUACCUGGUCAUUGGUCGUCUAGAGGACUGGACACACCGGAAGAAAAGAAUGCGUCUGUCCCAGAUUCCGCUUUCACAGGCAAUAUGUAAGCUUGUAAUCUUACUGAGUGUGAAUACCUUCCAAACUCGGACUGUCCAUUUCAUUUUCUCUUUGAGGAUUUUCGUCUCAGCUCACCUUAUAAUAACGUCGAUUACGGCGCCUGGCAUGUUUACAUACCUUUAUUUGGUUCCUCUGUUGCCAUUAGCCGACUCGCCUGUUCCGAAAUUUCACUUUCAAUUUAAGAAAAAAAAUAGAGAAAAGUCCUGGAAAAGGUUAGACAGUACAAUUUGGCAGAUGGCGUGACAGCUUUAGCUGAGCUCUAUGCUCUAUACUCUCAUGGAGCACGCUCUUUCAACCAAUGAUAGCGUGCGUUAUAUCCGAACUUUAUUAUAAUAGUACAAUAUGCUACUUUUACUGGCACAGUAUUUAAGGGUAUACUCUCUGGUUGAUUUUUGUCAGCCCUUUGCUGUUAGCGAUCACACGAGAUAGUAAUCUCUUCAUUGAAGUCCGAAUUGCGUACUCAGACACUCAAAAAAAGCCAACUUCAAAUUGAAAAAAAAUAAUUUAAAUUUGCCCGUUUUGUUGCGAUAUGGCGCAUUUUACCUUCCAGCAAGAUAAGUGAACGCUAUUUUAAAACGAGCCGUUGAAAGGGCAAAUGUAAAAACAGGAAUUAAAAAGAGCAAAGGAUAAUUCUGUGUUAACGAAUGUGGCCGACCCCAUGCGGGAAAACGAGGGUGACCAAACCUGAUUACAUUUUUUCCGGAGACGAUGAGGUUCUCCCUUGAUUAAGCUUUGCAUCUAGUUGGUCGAGCAAGUGGGGGCAACUUUCAAAGACAACUGGCAACAAUUGUUAUGCAAAUUUGGUGAUAUUUCAGAGAAGAGCAUCACAGAUGUUGGAGCCAAAAAUAGGCAAUCGCCUACGUAACAAAAUAUGGGAUGACAAGACCCACAAAGAUGUAAGCUAUUACGCGGACUUCUUUUCGAACGCUGAUUACGGUACUACCCACGUGGCUGUUCUGGCCCCAGAUGGUGAUGCAGUUUCCGUGACAUCUACUAUCAACAUGAGGUGAGUUUAGAACUAAUCAAUAUUGGAUGAACGGCUUAAACCUGAGUUUGCUUAGCGGGUAGUCUUGUGUUCGCUUUGAAGCGUUCAAGGUGGAGGAGGUACAGAAUCGGGCAGGGAAGCCACGAGGGGCUUAGGAUGAAAAUUAUUGGGUGGCUACUCGAACUUCCACAGCUCGUUUGCCGCAGUUAUUUUCAUCAAGCGCCCCAAAAAAAUGAAAAGAAAUGAUGCCUUGUCGCACAAUGAUAUUUUGACUCCAGAUACUGACUUAAGCCCAUCUUUUUAUCGCAUUGAGGCAGCUCAUAAAUGUUCGUGAAGUAUGGACCCAGAAAAAGAGGGGAAACUAACAAACUUAUGACUAGUUGCAUUGCAUUCUAGCGAUACCGCGAACUGCUUUUGUGUUUAAUAAUAGGUUCGGUGCUAAAUACCGAUCCACUACCACAGGCAUCAUUUACAACAAUGAGAUGGCAGAUUUUGAUAUUCCUGGUUACGAGGUAGUGGGUGAUAUUUCUCCUUCACCAUUCAAUUUUCCUGCACCUGGCAAGCGACCGUUCUCUUCCAUGUGUCCCACCAUUUUAACCGAUAACGACGGAAAAGUUCAGCUUGUUAUUGGUGCUUCUGGCGGGAAAAGGAUAACCACAGCUGUAUCACUUGUAUGUACAGUCGUUUCAUUCAAAUUUCCUUGGCGCUUAAGAUUUUAUAGCUAAGCUGAUAAGCAUUCUGUGGGCUGUAUAUUGAACCUCAUUAGGGGUGUAAUCAGGAUGCUUCAAGGAGAGUUCACACUGUAUCAAACGGAGGGUACUUACCAGUUUCCACCGACUAAAUAUUGUGGGUUGUUUGCUUAAAUCAAGGCUUACAAAAGGUAGGAGGGUCACGGGCCCCACCCCACCCCCCCCUCCCCACUCUAGCUACGCCCUUGCCCAUACUCGACACUUUGCUCAGAGAGCUAUUGAGAGUUUAGAAACACACACUCAUUUUUCAGUGGGUCGAAGUCUGUAGUCAAUCAAUCCGUCCCUCCAUCUCCAGGGCGGAUUCACACUGCCUCUGUAGUAAAUAUUGAAAGCAAGGAAGCUUAUAAUUAUUUUUGCACCUGCAGGUCUUAAUGAACAAACUCUGGUUUGGAGAUGACUUGUCAAAGGCGGUAAACAAACCUCGAUUGCACUCACAAAUGGUGCCUGAUCAGAGAGUAUUUUAUGAAAACAAUAAGAACUAUCGCAUCGACAAGUACGUAAUAGAAGGCUUAGCACAACGAGGUCACAACAUCACUGGCAGUGAUUUGUUUGCUGUGGUGCAGGCGAUUUCCAGGGAACCUGGAGGAAUAUACGCCAAGUCUGACCCGAGAAAGCAUGGUGUACCCGCGGGUCAAUAGAAGUGCGGAAUGUGAUUGGCCCAAUUAACUGGAUAACUAAACUAUUUAACAAAUAGAUUCCAAGUUGCCGUGCGUAAUAGAUCACAGAUGACGUGAAAAUGUGGUAAGAACAAAAAAGUGGCACACGAGGCACAGCCGAGUGUGUCACUGAUGUUCUAACCACAUUUUGAUGUCCUCUGUGAUCUAUUACUGAACAGACGCACGGCAACUUGGAAUCUAUUUGUUUUAUAUAAUAAAGAAUUUAAAAAAAAUUUUAAUUAUGACGUCAUCUAUACGUCUGUUUUCCAAUAGAUCAUAAUUGAAAACCAAUCAGAAUGCGUGCAUAACUGAGCUUAUUAUAUAAUUUAAAAUGGAUAAGUGUUAGCAAAAUAAACUUCGCAUUGCUUCGAAUGUUAAUAGCCAUAUCGAGAUUAUUUUUAGACUCCACCAGUGUCUCUGCAUAACACAGUGAUUCAAGGAAGGAUUUUAACAAUAUCACUGCUUGUAGCUGGUGGGUAAAAACUCAGUAAUUUCUGAAGGCAAAUAUAGUAUUUCUUGUUCCUCUCUGUAAGGGCGGUUACUUACCUACUUCAUUCUGCCAACCGCAUAAUGCAAAACACACCAUGGAAAGCAGUACACUGAGUGAGGUUUGAUUACAGAGUAGCUCAUCUUGAAAUCAAACAAUAUAAUACAGGAGCAAAAAACUCUUUAAGAUUCACACGUUCCAUGCAAUUUUUGAAAAGUCCGCCCAGAAGAGAGUCAAUCGAGAGCAUCUCAAAGAAUCAUCACACUCGCACACCUGUUUCCAAGUUUCCAAUAAACUCAUAUCAUUUCCACUAAUAUUGGCCUAAACUGGCUAUCGGCAGGAGCCCAUUACUCGCUGCUAUCGGGAAAUGUUAACCUUUUUACCGUGUACUCGAAGAGGGGUUUAUAAUCCCUUGGUGCAGCUCCGUUAACAGUGCGCGUUGAAGAAGACUACAAAUCUCAAGUUUCCAAAGGGAGCAGUUGUUAUUUAUCGUCUGGUGGGGGAGGGGUUGGAGGAUUUUGGGGAUCACAUGGUUCUCAGAGGGGGAAGGGAGGGGAGAUCAGUCGUUACUAUCAGAGUAUAAAGGGGGUGAGCAUAAAAAAGUGACUGCUAUUUAGGGGGAUCAUGACAAUAACACAAAGCCUUAAGGGGGGAUCAGGAUAAUUUCAUUGAGACACAACCAGAAUCCUACGAACCCCUCCCUCUCUGGGGUAAAUAAUGAGCGUUCCUAGCUUAUUCAUUAUUUAUUACGCCAUAAAAAACAUUUUUAACACUUUAAAUCCCAGAUCAAAUUGUAAUUCUCCUUACUGUCAACCAUACAAUUCUUAUGAUGUUAGUUCAGAGAAUUUAGUACUGGAUCAACUAAUUAUCCCCAAAUUGUGUUUUUCAUUAUUCUCAUCACUUAGCUGGUUGAUGUUGUAUUGAUAUUGUAAGGAGAAAUUCUUCCUUGGUCUCUUAUGGUUAACACUGAAGAAACUGUGGCAUCCUAGGCAUUUUUGCGUGACAUUUAUGUACAAAAAAACAAAACAAAACAAAUGAAGAAACUAAAAUACAAGCUCAGAAGAAAGAGGUUGACAAAAAUAAACGAGAAAGGUUCAGUCACUACGCAUGCUUCAAUUUACGCAACGUUCUAUUUUGGUUUUAUAUUUACUCUUACACAGAAAAGAAAUGUCCAGGAUUAUCUACUUGAGUGAGUUGCCGCGCAUUUUGUUACAAAGGUCUUUUGUCCGUGAUUUUUUUGGUUGCAAAGACGCACUUUGGUUUGCGUAGAGAGUUUUCAUUAGAGUGGAUUGACCAACCGUUCGAUGAGCCAAAAAAAUGGUUGGUGUAUUGAGGUGCCUCUUAUGACUCUAUGAAGAGGUGGACUUAUCGGAGGUUUUACCGAACGGUAAAAGAAAAAAAAAGAAAAUACGCCUCAAGCUAAACGUGUUUGGUCAGAUAUCGUGUUUCUAAAGAAAUGUCUGACCUUUUGCUCCCGAAAGUUUAAGAUAUAAUUAAGUUUAAGAUAUAAUUAAAAUGCUUAGAAAAGUCUCAAUUGAGUACGUUGGCGCUCCCUGUGAAAUCAGAUCUUGGGAAGAGCUGGGCGCAAACUGUUAGUUGACACAUCGUAACGGAUUGAAUAUUUCGAGAUAUUACUACAAGAAUACAAAAAAGAUUCAUAUUGCGAAGCUAACACUUUCCUGAGAGUCGAGUUCGACUUUCAUUUCCGUUCAAGGUUCAGUUUACAACAAGAAUAGCAAUGGCAACCGAAGAUUCAUCAAGACGGGAAGUCCAAACAGUUUAAGUAAGCAAAGUUUUCCUUCUCUCUGUAUGAUGCUGAUUUGCAGUUGUUAGUGAGCACAUGUAACGUUAGCCUAAGUUAAGGAAAGUGUUUAAGAGUUCAGUCUACCGCUCUGCACAAUUACCAACAAUCCGUCAUAUACAAAGGGUAAUAUGUCAUAUUCAAUUAAAGGGCAACACUGCAAAUUUUCGCUCCAGAAUUCUGUUUUCCGGUUCGAUCUUGGUAGAGAUAUAAUGAAUUAUUUCCCGGAAAUCUGAGUGCAGAUCGUAGGUUGUAUUUGGAAGACUGGCUAUGACACGCUACUCCAAAUAUCUGUCAAUGAACACACAAUACGUCUGAUAAGACAUCCAAGACUAAGAAAACGGCACACAGUGAUUUUAAGGAACAAUCUCGGCUGAAAUGUUUAGCGGUUCCCAUAAAAACAGCAACUUUGUGAAUUUAUAAUACGAGGUAGUACAAGUAAACAUUUCAGAGUACCUUGAUUUCGACAAGAUCUUUGCCGCAGUUACAAAUAUAAUGAUCGAACGUAUGAAAGUGAUAUAGUGACGUGGACGCACAAGACAAUCAAUAAUACGAUGCAUUAGCAAGGAAUCAUCGUUCUUCGCUGUAUGAGCAUUGAUUGGAACGAGAUCUGAUGUUGAGUUAAAGAACCACGAUUUUGAAGGUGUGAAUUCUUUAGUUAUAGGAGGAAAUAUGAACUUUGAUUUCAGACGGUAUAGCGAUUGGAUGUUGUGAUUAUUUCAGAAAAAUGUAACGUGUCUAUCCACGUCAUCGGAUAAGUUUGAUUUCAAUUUUGCCGUAUGUAACAAAGCUAGAAUCCGUUAGAAAGUCAAAAUGGUCUUUUCAAAAACAUCAUACAUAUAGACUUUAAAGUUUCUUGUAACUAUUGUAAAUUCUUCAUCGAGUUUGCCGGGAAACAAAAAUUAGUCUUGCGAAAUAUGAACUUUGAUUUACGACGGUAUAACGAUUAGAUGUCGUGAUUAUGCAAGAAAAAUAUAACGUUUCAAUUCACGUCAACGGAUAAGUUUUGUUUCAAUUUUGUUGGAGUUAAAUGCUGGAAUUCGCUAUAAAGUUGAAAGGGUCGUUUAAAAAACAUCACACAUUUAUACUUUAUAGUUACUUUUAAUUAUUGUAAAUUCUUCACUGAGUUCGCAAACAAACAAAACUUAGCCUUCCUAAUUGGAUCCCAUUUCCCCAGGCAAUUAUACACUUGGGUAAGCCGGAGACUGUGUUAGGCUACCCCUGACCUGACUGACCUACAGUUUCGUUGAAAUUAUUUGAGCAUAGUUUAGAAAACAUCGAGAAAUGCUAGCUGAGCAGCAUAAUAUACUACAUUUACUAACACAGUCUAUAAGGGCCUAAACCCGGGUGAAAAACUUCUGGAGAGUUCAACGGACAGGAAGGAAAAUGUAUUACUUAGCUACUGAUAAGAUUUGUGUUUGUGUAUAACAAGUCAGGGUUAAUGUUGGGUUAGGGAGGGGUAGGUGGGCAGUUGCUCAAAUACUGAUAUUGAUCCCAAUUUUCUAUAGUCCCGCCUUUAUUCUCUGUUGACGAUGACUGAUCCCCUCCCUUCCCCCCGCAAAUAAAUCCUCUAAUCUCCCUUCCCCCCCCCCUCGACAGGCGGUAGAUAAUUACUGGUCGCUAAGGAAAGGAAUAUAAAGAUGGACGCAGUAAUCUGCCAACAGAAAUAGUUAAAUUAAAGAUUUUAUGUUGCAACUUUAACCAGGAUUGCAAGAAUCUAUUUAUAUAUCAUGUUUAGCUGCAAAAGUAAUUCUUAUUCUUACCCAAAUAAUUUAAAAGAUCCUGAACGAGUCAAAAACUAACCUGAAAGUGUUUUUUUUUUAGGGACUUGGCAUGCAGUAAGUGUGGAAAAAUAAUAAUCGGCGUCAUAGUAGUAUUGUGUAUAAUAGGUCUCGUAGUUGGGCUGGUCUAUUAUUUCGUACUUCGUCGCGAUAAAUCAUUCGGCGGACCCUAUAAAAGAGAAGCCGUUGCCACGGAUACACAGCAGUGUUCUGAAAUAGGAGAAAACAUCCUAAAGGCAAACGGCUCUGCAGUGGAUGCUGCCAUCGCCGCCAUGUUCUGUUUGGGUGUGGUCAGCAUGCACUCAUCAGGGAUAGGAGGUGGGGGAGUGAUGUUAGUGUACAAUCAAACAUUAAAGCAAGCCACAGUCAUCGAUUUCAGAGAAACUGCCCCAGGUACAGCCUACUGGGAUAUGUUCAAGGGCAAAGAGGAAGAAGCCAAGAAAGGUCUCCAAAAUUUUUUUUUUUUGCAUAAUUUUUUGUGAGCUUAUAUAUACAUUAUUCAUCGAAGUGGAGGUGAAUAACUGUUUUAGUACAUACCACACGGAUACAAAAAAUUGGCUAAAAAUAUAUCAAAAAAUGUUCGGAAGUUAAACUCUUGACGCGAGAUUUUUUUCUCUUCGGCUGCUCGGAGGUGAAAUGGUACUUGCUAUUUACUUACGAGUUAGCCAAUCAGCGUGCGUGUAAAACAUUCUUCACUUGUGUGGUUUACACUACUUUUUAACUAUUGUUUAUUCCGCUUUGAUAGAUUAAUUGACAUUUUCCCCAAUUCAGUGUGUCUCAAUGGUUCUACUUAAUCAUGCAAACGUACUCGUUCUCUACUUCGAAGUUUUGGACUCCUUGACAGCACUUUAAAUCUUGCAAGAAAAUAGGCGCGUUAAACUAAGUCUAUAAAUACCUUGUCUGUGAAGUUUAUUAAUGUCUGUCUAGGGAAAUACCUUACCUACACAGACGGUACAAACGAAUUGACGAACUAUAUUUAAAAACCCACAAAAACGUCAACUUAACAAGCUUUAAUCUUAGGUGGUCGGUCCAUCGCUGUUCCCGGCGAGGUGCGCGGUCAGUUCGAGGCUUGGAAACGACAUGGUCGGUUACCAUGGAAACGCCUUGUUCAACCCGCCAUCGAUUUGGCCAAAAAUGGGUUUAAAGCAUCUAAAGCACUGGAUGAUGCACUAAAAACGACCAAAGGAAUCGAGGAAGAUAUUAAAAAUGACCCUGGUUUAAGGUCAGAAAUAUUCAUAAUUGCUAUGUGACAAAGGCAAUUUGUAUAUACGAAAACAACGGAUAGCGUUAAAGGCGCGCUCUGAUUGGCUACUCAACCCCAAGCAAAUCCUUGUAAAACACAGUAAUUUAUAUGAUAAUAAAAAACUUUUACCUCAGUGGCGGUGGUUAGUGGCGGAAAUUUACCACCACUAGCCACCUCUCCUUCGGUGAAUCGUAGUUUGAUACCAGAGUCUUCUAUGGGAAGAUUGUUCUCUCAGAGCGAAAUAUUUUUGUUCGUAUGCAGCUGGGUUAUGAGAUAAUUUACGUUAAUGAAUUUUCAAUUUUUUCAGUGAACUGCUCCUGGUUGAUAAUAAAAGGCUUGUUAAGAAAGGAGACGUUAUUAAGAAUGAAAAGUACGCAACGACCCUGGAAACGGUGCGUGACGAUCCAGAAUCUUUUUACAAUGGAGCACUUGCCAGAGACAUUAUCAGUGAUUUGAAGAAAAUCAAUGGGAUGGUGACUGAGAGUGAUUUAAGAGAUUACAGACCGAUCCCGAGAGAGUCGUAUCAGAAAGAACUCUCGGGCAUGAAAAUGUACCUGACCCCACCCCCGACCAGUGGCGCCGUGCUUGGGCUCAUCUUGAACAUUUUGCGAGGUAGGAGUUCUCGUCAAAAUGUUGUUAUUAUUAUUAUUAUUAUUAUUAUUAUUAUUAUUAUUAUAGUCAUGAUUAUAGUCAUCAUUAUUAUAUUCUUAUAUCUAACUCGCCGUCUCAAAAACACUGUGAUCAAUAUAGUACAUGAAGCACAUAUAGUUCCCCUUCCUUGUGCGCACACUCUAGUUCACGUUCAAAAGACCAGAGUGACUAGUCCUUAGGUAUCGCCUUGGAAGGGAGAGAGGGGGGAGGGGGGAGGGGGGGAAGGGGAAGGGAAAGGGGAAGGGGAAGGGGGAAGGGGGAUGGGGAUGGGGGAGGGGGGAAGGGGAAGGGGAAGGGGGAAAGGGGGGGGGGGGAAAGCAGGGGAAGGGGGGUAGGGGGUGGAGGAUUUCUAUUGCGUCACGAUAAAAUUUACUUGAUCCCCUGGUAACAUUCUUAUCAUCCCCCUUCCUAACCCCCUUUUAAGAACUGGUGCGGCAUGUUUGGUGGGUAUUUCUAGUUGGAGCGUGUUAUGUUUGAAUUCGCUGACGAAGUCAUUUUCACCUUUUACACCCUCACAUCAGUAUGCAUAUCCUCCAAACUAUUCUCUAUACGUUUCUUAAGGGGCUGACAAGGAGAAGUUGGUUAGCAAUGUAGAACUUCUUUACUUGAUGAUCAUUUCAUUUAUUCUCGUGACCUAAAAGUUUGAUUCAGGACUGAUAUCGUUGGGAGAACUUAGAUGCUAGUCACUCUUAGGAGUUAAAAGGUUAAUUAGACGAAACCGGUGGAAAAUGCAAAAAAAAAAAAAGUCGUCAACAUUGUUUGCUGCACACUACUCACCAAGUCUUGCUUAAGAAAUGUCAUUUUUUUUCCUUUUUUUAAUGUAGGGUACAAUAUGACGUCGUCAGCCUUUAAAGACAAGAAAUCCUCUGUGCUUACGUAUCACCGGAUAAUUGAAGCCUUUAAGUUCAGUUAUGCAUGGCGUAGUCUGCUUGGAGAUCCGGAUUUCCAUUCAGACAUCAUGGUAGGUGGAAAUAAUUCAGUGAUUCAAAUGCCAGCUUUAUGACAUUUUCCGUACAGAUAUAAUAUCAGAGGGUUUUCCGGUAGGCCCUUAGAGAUUGUGCUUGCAUAAUUUUUGGCAUAGUUUGGAAAAACGAGCUUAAUUUUUGCUUUUUAGUAAAAGUAUCACUUUUAGCAGAAUCAGUAUAUUUCCAGCAUUUUUUGAAGAGAACCAGAUUCAUCACUGGAUUGUUCUCUUAGAUUGAUUAUUUUCAAGUUUGCCCCAUGGUUUGGUCUAUUUUCAAUUUUUCAAUGUCUUUGGGGAAAAAAGUAAUCGCAGUACCUGGUCAUUCGUCGUCCAGAGACUGGCACACCGAAAGUAAAGAUUGCGUCCCAAUUUCCGCUUUCACAGGCAAAAAAAAUGGCAUCAAAGAGAAACGCGUACAGUAACAUCAUAAAUUUUAACACAUUAUGUCGCCGCUUGAAGUCUUGAAUUAAGUGCAGUAGUUAAUUGUGCCUGCAUGUAUGUAACUCAAAAUAAAGAAUAAAGGGGUUAAGUUCUGAAAGAAACUGUGGUGCUUUGAUAACGUGAAUUGACCACCGUAGCUUUGGAAACUCUUUAAGGUGGCCAAUUUACAUUAUCAGCUUAGUUGAUAAAACCAAAUUAUUAAAAUGAAGAAGUAUCGACGAUUCGUGCCUAAAUAAAAAUAAAUUUUUAAUUUGGACUUGUUUUGUUUUUCUGUUGUGAAAAUGGUACCUUUAAAAGGAUUAGCAUAAUUUUCAAAAACAAGCACAAUAUUAAGCAUAACUUAGGAAAAAUAAAGCAAUGCUAGUUAAAAAAAAAAGAAGCCUUGACUAUGCUCCGUUCUGUUGUAAAGCAUGCAGGAAGCGGCUAGAGCACGGAAGAAGUACAGGAAGUAACACGAGAUGUAGUCGAGUGUUCCUCCCCACUUCUUGAGAUACGAAACAAUAUAUACUACACGAGUGUUAGCUGUGUUUGAUUGUUAUUACUUUACGUAAGCUUGCAAUCUAACUGAGUGUGAAAACUUUCAAAACUCGGACUGUCCAUUUCAUUUUCUCCUCGAGGAAUUUCGUGUCUGCUCACGUUAUAAUAAGGUUAAUUACGGCGCCUGGCAUGUUUACAUACCUUUUUUUAGUUCUUCUGUUGCCAUUUGCCGACCCGCCUGUUCCGAAAUUUCUCUUUACAUUUAAGAAAAAAAAACCAGAGAAAAGUCCUGGAAAAGGUUAGACAUAGUACAAUUUGGCAUAUGGCGUGACAGCUCUAUGCUCUAUACUCUCAUUGAGCACGCUCUUUCAACCAAUGACAGCGCGCGUUACAUCCGAACUUUAUCAUAAUAGCACAAUAUGCUACUUUUACUCGCACAGUAUUUAAGAGCCUACUCUCUGGUUGAUUUUUGUCAGCCCUUUGUUGUUAGCGAUCACACAAGAUAGUAAUCUCUUAACUGGAGUCCGAAUUGCGCACUCAGACUCUCAAAAGAAACCAACUCCAGAUUGAAAAAUGUAUUUAAAUUUGCUUCAUUUUGCUGCAAUAAGGCGCAUGUUACCUUCCAGCAAGAUAAGUGAACGCUAUUUUAAAACGAGCCAUUAAAAAGGCAAAUGGAAAAACAAGAAUUAAAAAGAGCCAGUGAUAACUCUGUGUUAACGAAUGUGGCCGACCUCACGCGGGAAAACCAGGGUGACCAAACCUGAUUACAUUUUGUCCGGGGACGAUGAGGUUCGCCCUUGAUUAAGCUUUGCCUCUGGUUGGUUGAGCGAAUGGGAGCAACUUUCGAAGACAAUUGGCAGCAGUUGCGAAUUAUCUUAUUCAAAAUUCGCACAACAAAGUUGAGUCAGAAUCACCAGAACAUUAGCUGAAUAUUAUGCAAAUUUGGUGAUAUUUCAGUGGAGAGCAUCACAGAUGUUGGAGCCAAAAACAGGCAAUCGCCUACGUAACAAAAUAUGGGAUGACAAGACCCACAAAGAUGUAAGCUAUUACGCGGACUUCUUUUCGAACGCUGAUUACGGCACUACCCACGUGGCUGUUCUGGCCCCAGAUGGAGACGCAGUUUCCGUGACAUCUACUAUCAACAUGAGGUGAGUUUAGAACCAAUCAAUAUUGGACAAGCGGGCUUAAACCUGAGCCUGCUUAGCGGGUAGUUUUGUGUUCUCUUUGAAGUGUUCAGGGUGAAGGAGGUACAGAAUCGGGCAGGGAAGCCACGAGGGGCCUAGGAUGAAAAUUAUUGGGGAGUUACUCGAACUUCCGCAGCUCGUUUACCACAGUUAUUUUCAUCAAGUGCCCAAAAAAUACGACAACUGCGAGCGGCAGAUGAACCUAUUGACUUUGAUACUAUCGUUGUUAAAGAGGGCAAUGGCAUCUUCUUCUCGAAAUGCUCUCGUCGGAACCCAACACACGCAGCCGUAUUUCAAGGUCAGAAUAAAGGCCACAACUUGACUAUCACUUCUCACCUAUUACAGCCUUGUCGUUUGAAUCUUUCAUUACUGUUUUCGAAAGAGCGCGUGUUCAGUGGGCUCAGAAUCUGGCCUCAAAAGAGGUCGUAUUCUUUUCUUUUUGCCAAACGCUCGAUUUUUUUUUUAAAAAUGAAGCCUCACGAUAAACUUUUCGCACAAUGUUAUGACAGCAAUAAAUUUGACACAGGAUACUAACUUAACCCCAUCUUUUUAUCGCAAUGAGGCAGCUCAUAAAUGUUCGUGAAGGAUGGACCCAGAAAAAAAGAGAUGAAACUGACAAAACUUACCACUAGUUGCAUUGUAUUCUAGUGAUACCGUGAACUGUUUUUGUGUUUAAUAAUAGGUUCGGUGCUAAAUACCGAUCCACUACCACAGGCAUCAUUUACAACAAUGAGAUGGCAGAUUUUGAUAUUCCUGAUUACGAAGUAGUGGGUGAUAUUUCUCCUUCACCAUUCAAUUGGCCUCGGCCAGGCAAGCGACCGUUCUCUUCCAUGUGUCCCACCAUUUUAACUGAUAACGACGGAAAAGUUCAGCUUGUUAUUGGUGCUUCUGGCGGGAAAAGGAUAACCACAGCUGUAUCACUGGUACGUCCAAUCGUUUCAUUCAAAAUUCCUUGACUCUUAAGAUUUUAUAGCUAAGCUGAUAAGCAUUCUGUGGGCUGUAUAUGUGGGUCGAAGUCUGUAGUCAAUUAAUCCGUCCCUCCAUCUCCAGAGCGGAUUCACACCGCCUCUGUGAUAAAUAUUGAAAGCAAGGAAGCUUAUAAUUAUUUUUGCACCUGCAGGUCUUAAUGAACAAACUCUGGUUUGGAAAUGACUUGUCUAAGGCGGUAAACAAACCUCGAUUGCACACACAAAUGGUGCCUGAUCAGAGAGUAUUUUAUGAAAACAAUAAGGACUAUCGCAUCGACAAGUACGUAAUAGAAGGCUUAGAACAACGAGGUCACAACAUCACUGGCAGUGAUUUUUUUGCUGUGGUGCAGGCGAUUUCCAGGGAAACUGGAGGAAUAUACGCCAAGUCUGACCCGAGAAAGCAUGGUGUACCCGCAGGUCAAUAGAAGUGCGGGUCAACAGAAGUGCGGUCCCCUUAAGCGAUGCUUAAGGGGAAUGCAAUUGGCGCAAUUAACUGGAUAACUGAACUAUUUUAGAAUGGAUAAGUCUAAGCAAAAUAAACUUCGUAUUGCUUCGAAUAUUAAUAGCCAUAUCGAGAUAAUUUUUAGACUCCACCAGUGUCUCUGCAUAACACAGUGAUUCAAGGAAGCAUUUCUUUUAACAAUACCACUGCUUGUAGCUGGUGGGUAAAAACUCAGUAACUUCUGAAGGCAAAUAUAGUAUUUCUUGUUCCUCUCUGUAAGGGCGGUUACUUACCUACUUCAUUCUGCCAACCGCAUAAUGCAAAACACACCAUGGAAAGCAGUACACUGAGUGAGGUUUGAUUACAGAGUAGCUCAUCUUGAAAUCAAACAAUAUAAUACAGGAGCAAAAAACUCUUUAAGAUUCACACGUUCCAUGCAAUUUUUGAAAAGUCCGCCCAGAAGAGAGUCAAUCGAGAGCAUCUCAAAGAAUCAUCACACUCGUACACCUGUUUCCAAGUUUCCAAUAAACUCAUAUCAUUUCCACUAAUAUUGGCCUAAACUGGCUAUCGGCAGGAGCCUAUUACUCGCUGCUAUCGGGAAAUGUUAACCUUUUUACCUUGUACUCGAAGAGGGGUUUAUAAUCCCUUAGUGCAGCUUCGUUAACAGUGCGCGUUGGAGAAGACUACAAAUCUUAGGUUUCCUAAGGGAGCAGUUGUUAUUUAUCGUCUGGCGAGGGGGGGGUAGGAGGACUUUGGGGAUCACAUGGUUCUCAGGAGGGGAAGGGAGGGGAGAUCAGUCGUUGCUAUCAGAGUAUAAAGGGGGUGAGCAUAAAAAAGUGACUGCUAUUAAGGGGGAUCAUGACAAUGACACAAAGCCUUAAGGGGGAAUCGGGAUAAUUUCAUUGAGACACAACCAAAAUCCUACGACCCCCUCCCUCUGUGGGGUAAAUAAUGAGCGUUCUUAGCGUAUUCAUUAUUUAUUACGCCAUAAAAACAUUUUUAACACUGAAGAAACUAUAGCAUUCUAAACAUGUUUGCGAAGCAUUUACGUACAAAAACAAAACAAAACAAAACAAAACAAAGUAAAAUACAAGCUCAGAAGAAAAAGGUUGACAAAAAUAAACGAGAAAGGUGCAGUUUCUACGGAUGCUUCAAUUUACGCAACGUUCUACUUUUAAUUAGUUUUUUAUUUACUCUUACACAGAAAAGAAAUGUCAAGGUUUAUCUGCUUGAGUGAAUUGCCGCACAUUUUGUUACAAUGUUCUUUUGUCCGUGAUUGUUUUGGUUGCUAAGACACACUUUGGUUUGCUUAGAGAGUUUACAUUAGAGCGCAUUAACGAACCAUUCGAUGAGCCAAAAAAAUGGUCGGUGUAGUGAGGUGCCUCUUCUGAAUCUUAUGAAGAGGUGGCCUUAUUGGAGGUUUUACCGAAAGGUAAAAUAAACUGAGAAUACGCCUCAAGCUAAACGUGUUGUGGUCAUAUAUCGUGUUUAUCAAACAGUCAAUAUCGCGGUUACUGAAGAAAAGCUUGACCUUUUGCUCCCAAAAGUUUAAGAAAAAAGAAAAGAAAAGUCUUAAUUUUCAUUCAAAAAACACUCGCAGAACACGUCUAGGUUAGCACUCCCUUUGAAAUCAGACCUUGGAGAAGAGCUGAGCACAAAAGGUUAAUUGAAACAUUAGGGAUUGGAUAUUUCGAGAUAUUACUACAAGAGCACAAAAGAGAUUCAUAUUCCGAAGCCAGCAUUUUCCUGAGAGUCGAGUUCGACUGUUACAGUUCCCCUCAAGGUUCAGUUUACAACACGAAUAGCAAUGGCAGCCGAAGAUCCAACAAGCAACGCAGGUCAAGAAGACAGGAAGUGCACAAGGAAGAGGUUUAAGUGAGUAAAGAUUUCCUCCUUCUGUAUGAUGUUGAUUUGCAGUUGUUGGUGAACAUAUGUAAUGCUAACCUAAGCCAAGAAAAUUUUUUAAGAGUUCAGUUUACCGCUCAACACAACUAUCAACAUUCCGUCAAAUACACAGGGAAAUAUGUCAUAUUCAGCAAAAAGGGCGAAACUGGAAAUUUUCGCUUCAGAAUUCUCCGGAAAUCUUAGUGCAGAUGGUAGGUUGUAUUUGGAAGACUGGCUAUAACACGCCACUCCAAAUAUCUAUCAAUGAACACACAAAACGUCUGAUAAGACAUCCGAGACCGAGAAAACGGCACAUAGUGAAUUCACUUUGUGAAUUUAUAAACGAGGUUUUACAUGUAAACAUUUCAGUGUAACUAAGUUUCGACAAGAUAUUUACCAGUUAGAAAUGUAAUCGAACAUAUCUAAGUGAUAUGGUGACGUAGACGCACAAGAUAAUAAUAACACGAUGCAUUAGCAAGGAAUCAUUGUUCUCUGCUUUGUGAGCAUUGACUGAAACGAGAUCUGAUGUUGACUUACAAAAGCACGAUUUUAAAGACGUGAAUUGUAAAGUUGUAGCAGGAAAUAUGAACUUUAGUUGCAGACGGUAUAACUAUCGGAUGAUGUGAUUAUUGCAGAAAAAUAUAUCGUUUCAAUUCGUGUCAUCGGAUAACUUUGAUUUCAAUUUUGCUGCAUCUAACAACGCUGGAAUCCGGUAUAAAGUUGAAAGGGUCGUUUCAAAAAUAUCACACUUAAAUACUUUGUAGUUACUUUUAAUUAUUGUAAAUUCUUCAUUGAGUUUGCCAGAAAUAAAAAAAUAGCCUUUGGAAUUGGAUCCCAAUUCCCAAGGCAACUAUAUAUUUGGGUAGGCUGACAACAUUGUUGGGUUACUUCAUGACCUGACUGACCUACAGUUUCGUUGAAAUUGUUUGAGCAAAGUUUUGAAAACAUCGGGAAAUACUAGCCGCAUAAUAUACUACAAUUACUAACACAGUGUACAAGGGCUUAAACCCGGGUGAAGAACUUAUUGAGAGUUCAAUAGACAGGAAGGAAAUUUUGUUACUUAGCUAUUGCUAAGAUUUGUGUUUGAGAGGGUUAUCAGGGAUCUAUUUGUACAUCAUGUCUAGCUGCAAACGUAAUUUUUAUUCUUACUCAAAGAAUUUGAAAGGUCAUGAACGAGUCAAAAAUUAUCAUAUAAACUAAUCUUCAUGUGUUUUUUUAAGGGACUGGGCAUGCAGUAGGUGUGGUAAAAUAACAAUCUGCGUCAUCUCCAUAGCAGUAGUGGCUGUGAUAGGUGUCGUACCUUGUGUCGUACUUCAUCGCGAUAAAUCAUUUGGCGGACCCUAUAAAAGAGAAGCCGUUGCCACGGAUACACAGCAGUGUUCUGACAUAGGAGAAAACAUCCUAAAGGCAAACGGCUCUGCGGUGGAUGCUGCCAUCGCCGCCAUGUUCUGUUUGGGUGUGGUCAGCAUGCACUCAUCAGGGAUAGGAGGUGGGGGAGUGAUGUUAGUGUACAAUCAAACAUUAAAGCAAGCCACAGUCAUCGAUUUCAGAGAAACUGCCCCAGCUACAGCCUACCGGGAUAUGUUCAAGGGCAAAGAGGAAGAAGCCAAGAAAGGUCUGUACUUUUAUUUUUGCAUGAUUUUGUUGUGGAUCCAUAAAUACAAAUAUUCACCGUAGUGGAGGUGAAUGAUUGUUUUAGUAUAUUCCACACCGAUACCAAAAAAUAAGCUAAAAAUACAUAAAAAAAUGUUCAGAAGUUAAACUCUUGACCCGAGAUUUUGUCUCUUCGGCUGCUCUUUAGUGAAUAGUACUUGCUAUUCGCUUCCAAGCAGCCAAUCAGCGCGCGCAUAAAACACUGUUCACUUGUGUGGUAUACACUACUUUUUAAUUACUGUUUAUUCCGCUUGAACAGAUUAAUUGACCUUUUCCCCAAUACAGUGUAUCUCAGUGCUAAUUAAUCAAUGCAAACGUAGUUUCUUCCUCUACUACGAAGUUUUGGACUCCUUGACAGUACUUUAAAUCUUGCAAGUCCCUAGAUACUUCGUCUAUUAGGUUUAUCAAUGACUGUCUAGGGAAAUACGUAUACCUUACCUACACAGACGUCACCAACGAGUUGAAGAACUAUAUUUUUUUAAAAAAACUCGCAAAAACGCCAACUUAACAAGCUUUAAUUUUAGGUGGCCUGUGCAUCGCUGUUCCCGGCGAGGUGCGCGGUCAGUUCGAGGCUUGGAAACGACAUGGUCGGUUAACAUGGAAACGCCUUGUUCAACCCGCUAUCAAUUUGGCCAAAAAUGGGUUUAAAGCAUCUAAAGCACUGGAUGAUGCACUAACGACCAAAGGAAUCGAGAAAGAUAUUAGAAAUGACCCCGGUUUAAGGUAAGAAAUAAUCAUAAUUGCUAUGUGACAAAGGCAAAUUGUAUAUACGAAAACAGAGGAUAGCGUUAAAGGCGCGCUCUGAUUGGCUACUCAAACCUUAAACAUUGUUUGCUAUUCACCUCCGAGCAUGUCGCCCGAAAAUGUUGUAAUCGUUGCAGGAGUAAAUGAUUUAAAAUAACCUUUUUGUGCUAUAGUAUCUCACUGUUUUAGUAUAUAAUAAAUAGAGAAUAAUACAUACGCACGCUAGAUAUGGAAUUUCUUUUCGAGUGUUUUACUCGAUAGCUCGCGAUUGAGCGCAGCGAACGAGCGAGAUGUCGAGUCAAACACGAGAAGAGAAAUCCUAUAUCUACACGCAACCAUGUAUUAUUUUGUUUAUCAUAUAAUCACAAUGGCCCUUCACUGACAAGAAAAGUCGACUUUAUUAACGAAUGAAAAUAAAAGGAUCGACAAUCCCCGAAUGAAAAUUGUAAAGUGAGUUUGCGUUGAGGCUCAAGAUGAAAAAAAAGCGUCACUAAGUUUUUCCUUACCGACAGAAGAAAUCUAAAUCAGGUACACAGCCCAAAGCGGCCUGUGAUAAAUCUUCCAGUUGUCGAUUUUCAUUCUCAGCCGCGAGAAAUGCCAUUACUAAAGUCACUGAAUACGUAACUUUCGGUUUUUCUUUUCGUAUUUUGUUUUUUUUCCCUUCCGGAAAAGUUUGAACGUCACUGUCUGUAAGCGUUACGAAGUUUUCAGUGUUUUAGCAGCCACGAUUCGAGAAAAUUUCGAAAAACAACCAUGGAUUGGGAAUGGUGAGGCUUUGCUCUUCAUUUGUCAAACUGACGGAGGGGCAAGAAAUUAAGGCCAGUGACCUGCCAGCAGCUGAUUGACGAUAUCAAACACACGCGACAAAAUAUCGUAUUUUUUUACGUGUGUUGUUUUGGCUUUUCUCAGGGCUGGAAAUCCUUGUAUAACACUAUAGUUUAUAUGAUAAUAAACAAAUUUUUACCUUAGUGACGGUAGCUAGUGGCGGAUAUUUACCACCACAAGCCACCUCCCCAUCAGUGAAUAGUAGUUUGGUACCAGAGAAGUCUUCUAUGAGAAGAUUAUUCUCUCAAAGCAACAGAUCUUUGUUUACAUACUGCUGGAUAAUGUGAUAAUUUACGUCACUGAAUUUUAAUUUUUUCAGUGAACUGCUCCUGGUUGAUAAUAAAAGGCUUGUUAAGAAAGGAGACGUCAUUAAGAAUGAAAAGUACGCAACGACCCUGGAAAGAGUGCGUGACGAUCCAGAAUCUUUUUACGAUACAUCAGAUGGAGAGCUUGGCAGAGAAAUUAUAAGUGAUUUGCAGACAGUCAGUGGAAAGGUGACUGACCGUGAUUUAAGAGAUUACAGGCCGAUCACGAGAGAGUCAUAUCAGAGAGAACUCUCGGGCAUGAAAAUGUACCUGACCCCACCCCCGACAAGUGGCGCCGUGCUUGGGCUCAUCUUGAACAUUUUGCAAGGUAGGAGUUCUCGUCACUGUGAUCAAUAUAGCCCAUAUGGCACAUAUAGCUCCCCUUCCUUAUGCACACACUCCUCUUCACGCUUAAAAAAUGACUAGUCCUUUGUUAUCGCCUGGAAGGGGGGAGGGGGGGGGUUGUGGAUGAUGAGAUCUCGUCACGAUGAAAUUUACCUGAUCCCUCAGCAACAUUCUUAUGAUCCCCACCGGUCCCCCCCUUUUAAGAUCUGGUGAGGCAUGUUUGUUGGGUAUUUCUUGUUGGAGCGUGUUAUGUUUGAAUUCGCUGACAAACUCAGUUUAUUUGGACGAAACCGAAAGAGAAAUAAAAAAGUUGAGUCGUCAACAUUGUUCGCUCUGUACUACUCACCAAGCCCUGUUUGAGAAGUGUCAUUUUUUCUUUCUCCUUUUUUUGAUGUAGGAUACAAAAUGACGUCAUCAGCCUUUAAAGACAAGAAAUCCUCUGUGCUUACGUAUCACCGAAUCAUUGAAGCCUUUAAGUUCAGUUAUGCAUGGCGCGGUCUGCUUGGACACGUCCAAUCCAAACAUCAAGGUAGGUGGAAAUCAUUCAGUGGUACAAAUUAUGCCAGUUUUUACGUUUUCCGUAAGGAUGUGAAAUCAGAGGGCUCUUAGAGAUAGACUGUGCUUGCAUAAUUUUGACAUGAUUUGAAAAACGAGAAUAAUUUUUGCUCUUUUGUAAAAGUAGCACCACUAGCAUAAUCAUCAUAUUUUCAGUAUUCUUCGAGGCGAAGAUUACUAGAUUCAUAGCUGGAUUUUUUUCCACGAUUGAUUAUUUUCAAGUUCGGCCCAUGGUUCAGUCUAUUUCCAAUUUUGCAAUGUCUUCAGGAAAGAAAGCAAUCGCAAAGAAUGCGUCUGUCCCAGUUUCCGCUUUCACAGGCGACAAAAUGGCGUCGAAAAGAAACGCGACGCUAACAUCGUAUAUUUUGACACAUUAUGUCACCGCUUGAAGUUUUGAACUAAGUGCAGUAGUUAAUUGUGUCUGCAUGUUUGUAACUCAAAAUAUAGAAAAAAAGGGGGUAAGUUUGCAAAGAAACUGUGAUGCUUUGUUAAUGCAAAUCGGCCACCUUAGCUUUAGAAACUCUUUAAGGUGGCAAAUUUACAUUAUUAACUCAGUUGAUAAAACCAAGUUAUUAAAAUAAAAAAGUAUUUCGACGAUUCGUGCAAAAAUAACGAUACAUUUUUAACUUGGAUUUGUUUUUUUUUCUGUUGCGAAAAGGGUACUUUAAAAAGAAGUAGCAUAAUUUUUAAAAACGAGCAUAAUUUUAAGCGUAACUUGGAAAAAAUAGAGCAAUGCCAGUAGCAUAAUAUUCAACUCUUACUAGCACAUUAUUUAAGGGCCUUCUCUCCAGUAGAGUUUUUGGCAGCCCUUUGCAGUUGGCGGUGACACAAGAUAGUUGUCUCUUUACUGGAGUCCGAAUUGCGUACUAAGACACUCAAAAGAAACCAACUUCAAAUUAAAAAAUCUAUUUAAAUUUGCUUCAUUUUGUUGCGAUACGGCGCAUUUUACCUUCCAGCAAGAUAAAACCAGCCAUUAAUAGGGCGAAUGGAAAAACAAGAAUUCAAAGGAGCCAAUGAUAACUCUGUGUUUACGCACGUGGCCGACCUGAAAUGAGGGUGACCAAACCUGAUUACAUUUAGUCCGGGGACGAUGGGGUUCUCCUUUCAUUAAGCUUUGCGUCUAGUUGGUCGAGCAAGUGGGGCUACUUUCCAAGACAAUUGGAAGCAAUUGCGGAUUAUCUAAUUCAAAAAUCGCAUAAAAACGUUGAGUCUGAAUCAACAGAUCAUUGGCUGUGUAUUAUGCAAAUUUGCUAAUAUUUCAGAAAAAAGCAUUAAAGAUGUUGGAUCCAAAAACAGGCAAUCGCCUACGUUACAAAAUAUGGGAUAACAAGACCCACAAAGAUGUAGGGUAUUACGCGGACUUCUUUUCGAACGCUGAUUACGGUACAACCCACGUGGCUGUUCUGGCCCCAGAUGGAGACGCAGUUUCCGUGACAUCUACUAUCAACAUGAGGUGAGUUUAGAACUAAUCAAUAUUGGACGAGCGGGCCUAAACCUGAGCCGGCUUGGCGGGUAGUUUUUGUGUGCACUUUGAGGCGUUCAGGGUGAAGGAGGCACAGAAACGAGCAGGGAAGCCACAAAGGGCCUAGGAUGAAAAUUAUAAAGGAGUUACUCGAACUUCCGCUGCUCGUUUGCCGCACUUAUUUACAUCGAGUGCCAAAAAAACAUGACAGUUACGAAUGGCAAUGGCAUCUUCUUCUCGAACUGCUCUCGUCGGGAGAAAUCAGACGCGGUUGUAUUUCAAAGCUAGAAGAAAGGCUACAACUGGACUAUCACUUCUCACCUAUUGCAGCCUUGUUGCUUGAGUCGUGCGUUCACCACUGUUUUCGAAAGUGUGCGUGUCCAGCGGGCUCAGAAUCCGGCCUCUUUUGAGGCCGGAUUCUUUUCUUUUGGCUGAAAGCUUAAUUUUUCUCAAAAUUAAGCCUCACGAUGAAAUUGUCGCACAAUUUUAUGGCAGCAAUAAAUUUUGACACAAGAUACUAACUCAUAAAUGUUCAUGAAGUACGGACACAGAAAAAGAAGGGGAACUGACAAACGUUUUACAAGUACAUUGCAUUCUAGAAAGUCCAAUAACCACGAAUUUUUUGUGUGUUUACUAAUAGGUUCGGUGCUAAAUAUCGAUCCACUACCACAGGCAUCAUUUACAACAACGAGAUGGCAGAUUUUGAUAUUCCUGAUGAAGACAAAGUGGAUGGUAUUUCUCUUUCACCAUACAAUUAUCCUGAUUCACACGCGCGUCCUUUGUCCAACAUGUGUCCCACAAUUCUUACUGAUAACAACGGAGUUGUGCAACUUGUAAUCGGUGCUUCUGGCGGGAAAAUGAUACCCACUGCUGUGUCACAGGUACAUCCAAUCGUUUCAUUCUACGUUCCUUGGCUCUAAAAAUAUUAUAUCUCGGCUGAUAAGCAUUCUGUGGGCUGUAUAUUGAACCCUAUCAGGGGACCAACCAGGAUUUUUAAAGGAUGGGGCCGGGGUUCACACUGUGUCAAACAGAGGGUACUCACCAGUUUUCACCACCUAAAUAUUGUAGGUUGUUUGCUUAAAUCAAGGCUUACAAAGGGUAGGGGCGCCAUGGGCACCCCAGGAAAUCCCCCCUCCCCCCCGGCUACGCCCAUGCCUGUGUUCAACUCUUUGCUCAGAGAGCUAACAAAAGUUUAGAAACACACACAGUGGGUCGAAGUCUGCACAAGUCCGUCCCCCUUCUCCAAGGUAGAUUCACACCGCCUCUGUUGUACAUAUUGAUACCAAAGAAGCUUACCACUAUUUUUGCACCUGCAGGUCUUAAUGAACAAACUCUGGUUUGGAGAUGACUUGUCUGAGGCGGUAAACAAACCUCGACUGCACAUACAAAUGGUACCUGAUCAGAGAGUAUUUUAUGAAAAUAAUAAGAAAUAUCGCAUUGACAAGUACGUAAUAGAAGGCUUAACACAACUAGGUCACAACGUCACUGGCAGUGAUUUGUUUGCUGUGGUGCAGGCCAUUUCUAGGGAACCGAAAGGAAUAUACGCCAAGUCUGACCCGAGAAAGUAUGGUGAACCUGCGGGUCAAUAGUAGUGCGGUCUCGAGACACUCGCCCAACCAAAACUCGCUUUUAAACCCUAUCUAGUGUAGCAACACCUUAUUUUCCAUAGAUGAGCAGAAAAAUGCAAUGAGGCUUAGAGCUACUGAAUGAUGGCGCUUCACAAGGAGAGAAAGUAGAUUUUUCUCUUCAUUAUUACAGCAAUUCUUCGGCAUCUUUGGUCAAAAUUAAUGUUUAUUGUUAAGAUUUGAAACGAUUUUACCUUAUGAUCCUUGUUGAUGUUCGAAUAUCGUUUUCCGAUUUGAAGCAUGUUAGAUGAACAGACAGAAGCGUUCAUUAAAAUUCAUUCGUCUUUUUCCGUUGAUUUAGAUUUCUUUGGCUUAUCCGGCAUAUCGGAAAAUGUAAUUUGUGGUAAUCCUAAUUAGCAUAAAUUAAUAUUUUGCCGGCACGUAUCAGAGGACUGGGGGCGAGUGUAAGAUGCGUGGAGAGUUAUGAGAUCGCGGUUUGUAAGUAGAGGUCGUUAAUAGGGCAAGGCAUUCUACGGUCAGCCUUCGCCGUGUUUAGCUGUUCAUUUUCGUUUUCGUUUUUGUAUAAAUUUAGAGCUGUACUUGCAUACUACCUUAAGUAACUGUGUAUAACAUGUCAUUCAUAGGAUACCCUAAAACCUCAAGGAUGGCACCGCUGCCUUGGUUGGGGGUUCACGUUCCCCGUUUUUUCUAACUGCUGGUUGUUAGGGGUUUUCGUGUCCGGCUUUGGUGCAUUUAUUUUACUUCAAUCGUAAAAGACUUUUGUGAACAUAUCGAUUUUGAGUUAAAUAAACGGUGGCUUGGCUGGCCAACGCGCCCAGAUACCUACUCUUUGUGUGCCCGGUUGAGUAGUGGAGGCACAAUAGCACGGGUGAUUUACCAUUUAAUUUUCUGUUUACAGCAAGUGUCUCGGCCAGCAGCUGCAUCAGGCAGAAUGCGUGGACAUCAUUAAUUAUUCGUAACCGAUAAAGCGGUAAAUUUGAACGCUAUCCCGCUUUAAAGAGCCCUAAAUCAGAAAAGAAUGAACCACAAUUGGCCCACUAGGCUUCGCAAUACUCACUUUUUGGAGUUUUAGAAGUGCGUGCUUCUAAAUCAAUGCACGGC